GAGUUUAAUCAAUUCAUAACGUCGAGAUGGAGCCGAACUCACUGAAGGUAACGUUUGUUAUCAACCGUCGAUUUAUAUCAUUUUCAUAUUUUUUUACGCUCGCCACCUGCUGUGAAACGUACGCACGUGCCUCAUCCGCCAAACUUUGCCACAUCAAAUUUAGUCCGGCCACAUCUGUGUCAUAUGUUGGACGUCUAAAAAUAGUUGCAACGAUAGUAAUUGUGUGAAGAAAACUGAGAUAUUCUCAUGUGAUAUUUGCCUGUCGAGUGUAAUCACGCAGGGAUGUUUCAAAUGUUUGUUUACACUUUGCUACCAUUUUGUUUACCAAACGAUUCGAUAAGCCAUUCAUUAAUUUCUCCGUCUGUGUGUGUUUUUUCCUCAACAGUGGGUGGGCUCGUCUUGCGGUUUACAUGGACCAUAUAUAUUCUAUAAAGCCUUUAAAUUUCACCGGGACUGCAAAUCUAGGAUUCUGUCUCUUGGAGACUUUUUCUUCGUCAGAUGUAAACCAGAGGAUCCUAUUUGCAUAGCGGAGCUUCAGCUGCUCUGGGAAGAAAGAACAAGCAAGCAACUUUUAUCAAGCUCCAAACUUUAUUUUCUACCCGAGGAUACUCCCCAGGGACGGACGAUCAGCCAUGGAGAGGUAGGAGCAUUUAAUACUCAGCUGCUGAAUAUUUAUGAAUGAUUUGUCCUUUUUUUUGUUUCCUGUUCUUCCUCGUUUGCGAGUCUUUUUGUUGUAUUGUAUUAAGCAGCAUCUUUACUGCAUUAAGAGUUGGCAGUGGAAGUGUAUCCUCCCGAGGCAGGCUUUCAUAAACGCGCGUAUUGAUACUGACAUUGAUGUAUCAGAGCAGUAAAAGGAUUGACCUACGGCGGUGUUUGUUCUCUAGUUUUACUUUUAGCCUAUUUGCCUAUUGUGGUGUCAACUGCUGAAUGUGCACUUGUCCAGCUGCGCUCAAUAAGGCUGCCGCUGCGCUCUAUGGGGUUAAUUGUGUUAUAAAGGGGAAAAUCCGCAACAAUCCUGCGCCUAGACUCUGUCAUUUCAUUUCUUAGUAAGCGUGUCAAAUACUGGCAUAUGGGCGGAAAUUGCGAAACGACAAUGAAUGCAUGGGGUCAACCUGGUGGAGAUCAGUCGCUGUGAUAGUUAUUAGAUAUUUUGUAAUGCUGCCUGGUGUUGAAAGAGGCAGAGCGAGUCAUAAAGCAGAGCCAGCGCUGACACGUUUUAACUACUCUCCAAGCUUUGCAUAAUUUUCCAUGUGGACAUUUCCACCCGCGACAAUGUGAUAUUGUCUCCUCGCCUGUGUGUGUUACAUGACGCCGCUGUUGGCACAGAAAAGCAAUAGUUAUGAUUGACUGUGGCCAUAUGUGGCGCUUGUGAUCCGGUUACAUCGCUGCUCUGAAUGGCAUUAGUCUGAUAUCGAGAGUUAAACAAACGCCGUGUUGUUUUCUCUCUGAUAUUCCUCCGCCAGCGACAACAGCACUUUAAUUACUCCUCUCUGCUUUUGAUCACUCGCGGCUGGAUGGAAAUGAUUCUCCGCUGCUGUUAUAUUGUUUAUAGGGAAGGACAAAGCCGUGUUUGUACUCGACUCUUCCGCUGAUGGUUUACUUACAUUCUUUCCUCUUGAGUAAUAGAGUGGCUAUCACAUUUCCCUUUCAUGAGAAAGGUGGCUAUUUAUGGCCCUGCCGCUUACACAAGCUAUCAUCUUUGUGGCAGAAUUCUUCUAUAAACGGGUAUCAUCUCCUGCAGCCCUCUCACUUUAGCCUUUAACACGCUGCAAUUAUUUAGUAAUUACUUGGAGAGCAUGCAUCGCUGAUUCUGAGGCCACACUUGCGCAACGACACAUCGACUCCGCCCCCUUUCCCAAAGACUUAUUUGCAUUGCAAAGUGCUUACACUCCCGUCCAUUGGGUAUAUCUGGAAAAUAUUAUGUGCUGCACCAGCAAUGCAAAUGAAAUCUCAGAGAAUUUGGGACACAAAGUGCAACACAAAGUGUUACAGUUUGUGUGUUUGAUAGAAGUGAAAUCACAAGAGGAACAGAGCACAUGAAUUAUGCAGCGACUUGCAUCACACAACCCUGCAGAUGCUUUGAAGCUGCAGACUGAUUACAGAAUAAGUCAAACUAUCAAAUAAGAUAAUUUGAGGAUGAUAUGUUUAAGUGCAAUGUAAGUGCCUGCAGGCUGACCUCAAUUAAAGAGCCCUGUCAAACCUCCUGCUCUCAGCGAAUUAGACUACUUACUGUAUAUUACACAGUGGAAAUUGCCCUGACAACUUCAAGUCAGUUUAUGACCUUCACUGAGCCCGUUCAGAUUCUCGCUGACUUUGCCCCAUAACACUAAUCUGCCCUGCAUGAGUCAGCGAGGAGCGCUUACAGAUGCGAGCCAUAAUCCAAAAAACAAACAGGAAGGCUAAACCCACUUGACAAAAAAAAAGGCUGCGAUGAUACAAAAAAAAAAAAAAAAACUCACUGGCUGUUAAAAUCUGCGCCUAAGUGAUGCAUGUGCGAAAAGAUUGCUUGUUUGAGAAUGUAAACAAGAAGAAGAAGGAGAAGAGUUCAUUUAUAGCUACGCUGGGAAGUGGAUUUUAUAAACCUAUCAUUAGUCAUUUUUCUUUGGGAGCACAUAAAGACAGAUUAAUGGCUGCGGAGUUGCUCAGGAUUGUAAAUCUGUAAUUGACUGGCUGAAAAUUAGCUGAGUGAGUCAUACAGAUAUGGACCUGAUAGCAUCUAGCUCUCAGGAAGUGUGCUAUUUUCACAAGAUUUGAGUGCUAAAUGAGCACAGGCAGCACUAAGAGGUGAAGCCGCAGCUUUGUGUCAUAGGGGCUCAAGACUUUUAUUCUUAGAUCAUGUCAGAUUUACAUUUUUAUAUUUUCACACAACGUAAAAACAGACGAGGUGUUAUUCUACAUUUGACAUGUAAACAGCUGCUUUUAUGUUGCUCCCAGCCUCGAUGAAAUCGCGCUUCAUAUCUUGCAGAUUGGUAUUAUCUUAAGCUCAGAGCCAAUAUCCUGCAAAUACCACAAGGCAUGACUCUUUCAAGAACAUCACAACAGCCUUAUAUUGAGCUUGCUCACUGGAAUUGGAUUACUGAUUCACUGCGCAGAGGUAUGAUGUAAUUUCCUGGUUAUUUCUCAGGUAUUUGUUUGCUCCCAGCCUCUCCUGCGCUGCUGUGUUUUGCUGUGCUGUGCAGUGACAAGAGGAACCAACCCAUGACCUACUGUGCUUGUUUUUCUUCUGUCCUGGGGUCGCAGGUCAAUUCCUUUUAAACGCAGCCAGCUUUCAAACCCGUGUAGGCUGGAAAUAGAAAUAAUGAUUCAUUGAAUAAACUUAAACUCUCGGCGCCUGAGUUUGCUGAAUAGUUGAUAAACAAAACCAGAAAGGAAUUUAUUAAUCUGUGAAGUUAAUUAUUAAGUCCAUAUGUGGAGGGAGCUCUAUUUUUCUUAGUGUCUCAGCCUGACGAGCAAUGUUUACCCCCACCAGUUGAGCUCUGCUUGCUCUUUAAACAGGCUUUGUGCCGAGCUGCUCACCCAUUAUGACAAACCCUCUAUUGGGGCCUCCGCUCUAUUUGUCUGCCUGCAAACUGCCACCGACUAAACAGUCACAUGUGUUUUAAAACUCUGAGUGACACAUUAUUUCUUGGCCUUCCUCUGUCUGUUUUUGGACUCCCCCCAUUUCAGGAGAGAGCCAUGUGUAGAUAACAGCUCGCCCCUCACAACACCCACUUAUUGUACAUUCUGCUUCAGGCGCUUAAUUGCUUAUUCUUAUCUUAUACUAUAUAUCCCACUUUAGUGCAAAUACAGCACGGCGCUCUUAAUGGGAAUUCACAACCGCAGAGAAUAUUUCUGGAUCAUGUUAUAUUAAUGUGCUAUUAUCAUCACCUCUGAUUUCAUCUGACCUCUCUUCUCCUCUAUUCUGUCCCUCUAGCUGACAAGGCUUUGGCACACACACACGCACACACACACAUACACAUACACAUACACACACACUGACAGGCAGGGGACUGCAGCAGUAGGCCAGUAUUGAUUGCUGUGGAAAACACUUUGGCAUGCAUCCAGGGCCAUUUCUUCAGUCCAUGGCAGGAGUCCAUGCAUGUGUUUCAGUGCUUGGAAAGCCAGCUUGUAGGGAAAUUAGAUUGUAUUCAUUUGCUGCUUCUUUGAUUUUUCCUGAGGGAAAAACCCUGAAUGGGUAAUUCAAGCAUCUGGGAUGCUGGUUAAAUUAAGUGUAAGUGGCUUAGAUAUGCGACCAGCAUUUUGAUGGAUAAGGUCGUUCUGUUGAAUGACUCCGGUGUAAAUGUGAUAUGGCACAUUUUUACAGUGAUCUUUUUACAGCGUCCUUGUCUUUGGCCGGUCUGCGCAUUGUACCAAAUCUCCCCAUUCACACAACAAUGGCAGGAAUUUAGAGUAGGGGUAGAAGUGAAGAGGAGGAGGGGGCUUUCAGUGUGCAUGUGUGGCGUGCGUGCGUGCAUGUGUGCCGCCUCCUGCCGCAGAACAAGUCAUUAACUCUGAACACUGCCCUCCAGUGAAUUCCUCACCAUUGCUGAAAUAGCAUGUAAAUUAUUACCAGCUUUUUAGGAUAGUGUAAUUUAAAACCUUUAAAAUUGAAUACCCUGGACUUCAAAGACUAUAAAACCCCUGCUAACAUUUCCCAUUGGUAAAGAAGUUGUCAUUCUCGUCCUUCACCAGCCUCUGAUUCUUUCUUCAAACUUUUGUGUCUUUCCCGCCUCAGUAAUGAUAUGUUUCAGCAGCGCCUGCUAUAUCAACACAGCAGAGCCUUUUGGUGCUCUUUACCUCCAGUUUUUUCCACUUUCUCAUUGACUAACCACUUGAACAGGCAAACAUUUGCCUUGAUGCAUGACUCCAGUGCCCCCAGCUACAGUGGAUCGUUAUUAUAACCUUUGAGGAGAAUGCAGACGCAGAUGAGAAGCUGUUGCUUAAUGCUGCAGCCAGUAUUUUUCAUUCUUAGACGGAGCGUACGGGAUCAUCGGGCAUUUUGUCUCUUUUUUGUCUUUGUGUGCAUAUAUUUGCUAAAAUACAAGAGUACAAAGAUGAAGCGUUUCAAAGGAGCUGACAGAGCUUUUUUUUUGUGGUGUCACCUUACAUGAUGGAUGCCUCACCCACUUUCAGAGAGGCUUUGAAACCUCCUGUUAUCUCGCUAUUUUUCUCUGUCAUUAUAACCCCAAAAGAAUGCUUUCAGUUCAUAUAUCACCUGAGCAAUCUCUUAAUGGAAUCAGUGAAUAAAAGAUGAGCUCAGCACCCUGCAGAUAUUACAGCAACUUUUUAUGCAUACGAAUAAACUGCAUGCAUUAAGUGGCAGAACAUUAUGUACAAUGAUUCUCACCUUUUAAAUAUUAUACCUUGAACUCUUUCUAGACUCGAGGAAAACAUAUUCUAAUUCAAUUGUGCCUGGCUCACUCCCCAGAGCUGCUUUUUAAUUCCAAGAUAAGUUUGUUUUGGGACACUGAAGCCAAGGUCAGGCAUGGGGCGGGAGAAAGAUAAUGAACUCAUAUUGUGUUUCAUACCUUCGUUUUUUCCCCUCUCUCUCUCUCUUUCUCUCUCUGUCCUUCUUCCUCUCUUUCUCUCCCUCUGUCUCUGUCUCCUCAUUGUCCAUGUCACCAUGUCCAUUACUCAAUUACUAAUCUCCUUUGGCCUUACGAAUUCCAGCGCUGACCCCUCUGAGGCAGCAGGCUGAAACCUUCCCAGCAUGACAGGAGCGCUCUGUGUGCGUGUGUGCGCAUGUGUGUACCCACAGUAUAGAAAGACACCCACCCACUGGGAGCGUGCACCCCAUUGACUCCCAAGCUGAAAGUCCUGUCCGAGCGAUGAGACGCUCCAGUGCAGAACGCUGACAGUCAGGAAUGUCUCCCUCACUGUGUCUCACUGGGAAUUGUUGGGCGCAAUAUGGAAUAUUUCAGGGUGCAUUGUCUCUAAUAGGAUCACCCAAUAUACAUAAAACUGGGAAUGUCCCUUUAUGUGCCAUUUUUGCCACCCCCAGUACACUGCAGUGUGCAUAUAAAUUGAAUGAUAUGGAUUUUAGUGAGUUUAAUUUUUCAAUGAGAUUUCUGGAGUCAUGCAUUCUCUGGAACAGAAUUAUCUACAGUUUCACAGCAGAUUAUUACACACACACACACAGAGACACCCCACACACCCACACACACAUCACUUUUAGUCCAUUAUAUGCAGUCAGAGCAAUAAAUUCAGUCAGUAAUGUUUUUGGAGAUAUCACACUGCUGCAGUAAUAACAUGAAUUAUUGAUGGAAGAAUGGAGACGGAAUGUAACAUUCAGCUGUUAAUGUGUUACCAUGCAUUCUAACUCAAUCAUAAAAUUGAGCAGUUAGACAGCAUGUGUGUGUGUAUUGACUUCCUGGAGCUGAAAUAAUGGUAGUACAUUAAGAUAUUAGGAGUAGGAUCCAGAGUGUAUAAACGCUUGUAAUGCAUGCGUGUAGGAAGUGUCAGUGAAAUGACACCAGGCACUUUGGUAUGUUGCUGAUGUGGAGUGUCACCUCUUGGCUAUGGGCUUACAGUCCUCUGACCUAUAUUAUCAAGUGGCCUGCUGGCUGUGUCUGCUGCUCUGCAAAACUAUCAGCUGUCUAACUCAGUAUGACAGGACAGUGUGGAUGGGCUGCAUUUACACAAGAGCAAGUUUCCAAGGCACAAUUUAACAACCAAAAAAAAAAAAAAAAUUUAUCCAAGUACAAGAGCCCUUAAGGGUUGAAUACAGCAGUAAUGAUUCAGCUCAGUUCUCAUUUUCUACCUUUUAUUAGUAGGAAGUAGAAAAUAAUGACUUGUGUGAGCAAAUAUUUGCCAUUUAAAACAAAAAGUAGUGGAUUUACCCAAGUGUGUAUAUUCAAAGUAAUUAAACAUUACUUUCCUAUCUCAUACUCAUCUCAGUUCUCAUUUUCCACCUUUUAUUAGUAGGAAGUAGAAAAUAAUGACGUGUUCAAAUAUUUACCAUUUAAAAGAAAAGUAGUGGAUUUACCCAAGUGUGUAUAUUAAAAGUAAGUAAUCAUUACUUUCUCAUCUCAUCUCAGUUCUCAUUUUCUACCAUUUAUUAGUAGGAAGUAGAAAAUAAUGACGUGUUCAAAUAUUUGCCAUUUAAUACAAAAAGUAGUGGAGUUACCCAAGUGUGCAUAAUCAAAGUUAACAUGCUUAAAGUUCCUGUGCGGAACUAUUUUGGUUGUGCGUGGGGGUUGUAGCGCCCCCUGUGGAGAGAGAGGUAACUCCUAUCUCUCCUGAUUUUAUAAUGCGCAUCUGUUUGUAGAGUUUUCAGUAAAUGUCAUCCUGUUUGUGAACAGUUGAAUGUUUUACUCAUCUCUAAUUUUUAAUGUGAUGCUGUUGAUAAUUUGUGACACCAACCCCAGAGCACAGCAGUGGUUUUAGACGUUGAGAAUGACUAUAUGGAAUAAACCUUUAUAUCUCUUUGUGUUGGUGGUUUUGUUUUCUGCAGGUCACAAAGAGACAUUAAUUUUAAUUUCAACUUGUUUCAUAACCAGAUAAAGUGCUCCUCACAAGAGCUUUUCAGAACAACCCUUGUAUGACUAAAAAAGAUCAAACUGAGCUGCAGUUGUGAAAGGCAGCAGCUUCUCAAAGCUGAAUUUUGGAAGUUUUUUUCUUCUCCAUAGAUGAAAAAAUUGACUGAAUCAUCAGAUUACACAAUAACAGAAACAGUUAUUGGUCACAGGCCUAGUUUCGUCUUUUACUGUCAUUGCUAAAAAAUAUGUUUUUGUUUGACUAAGGCAACACUUGGUUUCUCAAUAACUUCCUGGCUCCCUUGAUUCAUUGUUUGGUUUUUAAAAUACUGGAAAACUGGACUAAAAUAAAUAAUAUGAUGUCAUUAUCCUGAGUACCAUUUUCCUUUUUCAGACUGCGUAGCCAAGAAGAUUAACUGAACAAACAGAUUGUACUGUAAUGAAAAUAAUCACUGGUGGCAGGCCCUUGGUUUUUUUUAUUUUAUAGUGGCGAAGCAGGCUAAAGUAAUACUGUUGUCAUUUCUCAACGGCCUUGUUCUCAUGGAAACCCAGCACUUUUCGUAAAUCUACAGUAUUUACCUAAACAUUUCACAAUCAAGCAUCAUGAGUUAAGCAAAACCGCAGCAUGUAUUCAGCAGCUUCCUGGCUGUAUGUGCUGCAUCACACAGCAGCGGCUCCCAGACCUCAGCUGCUGUUUUAAAGAUCAGUAUACAGCACAGCUAAUGGAUGUAGCCUGUUUUGGCUGCGUUCAUAGACUGAUUAUAUUCUGAACUGUGUUGACAGCUGCUGAAUUGCUCUCACCUGUUGUGUUUUGCUCUCGAGCCGAACAAGUCCCCAAACAGGAUCUGUUGACACUCACACAAGGCAGUGUGUCAUCCAGCUGAUUGAUAUAGAGGGAAAGGCUGUGUGUUUUUAAAGCUUGCUGUUGCUGUGUGUGAAUGCUCUGGUGUGCUAUUGGAUUACUUGAAGUUUUUCUGUUUGACUCAUACCCCAGCAGGAGAACAUUCGGUACAUUAUUUUAGUUUUGAAUGGAAAUACUUCACAGUUAGAUUUCUCUAUGUGCUGUCAGUAGAUAGCAUCAAAGUACAGUAGCUAAAUCUGUAGAGAAAGAGUACAAUGUGGUUUUGGCUGCAGGCUGGAUGCUAUUUACUGUUGUUCUACAUUAUUCAAAUGGCCUGCUUUUUCUGAAGGCACGAACAGCAGUCAGUUUUUCAUUGCAUGGAAAGCCGGUUACAACCACCCGCCACCACUUGACAGCUGAAGACAGCUCAUUAUAAGAAGACCGAAAACCCAUGUUUGAUGUUUCUACUUAGUGAGGGAGGCACAGCUAUAUCAAGCUAUCCCUCGCAGGCUUUUCCUUUAUAAGGAAAUACUGUCUCCAACUGGUUGGGAUUUGAUAUGCCUGUAGUUGCAGAUGAUGUGAGAACUGAAUACGGGUAAUUGUGUAGACAGAGCACUCUGAGAGAAUCUGAAACCCAGAGAAAUUGUGUGUUUGUUUUUAGAAAAUGGAAACAAAAUAACAGGAAGUCUUUGAAAUACUCCAUUUAAAUGAGAAAAAUGCAGCUUAAAAAGACUCGACAUGUUUAGCUUCACAAAGGAAGGAUUUACUGCGCUGUUGCUCUUUUGAAUUUUAUUAGAUCGUACAAGGUGUAGCUUUUACUGCGUCCCCACCCUUUACAUGCAUACAUACACUACAUAAAAAUGUCAAUACAGGGCAAAUAAAUGUUGUUUUAACGUCAGUAAUAUACAGGCUGAGGGACAUAUGCCUGCUACAUACGAAGGUAAACAUCAGAGCCCUACUCAGAGUGUCUGUGUUUCUGCCUGUACACAUCUGUCCUCCAGAUUUACCCGUUUCUGUAAUGGCCAUCUUCCAGCACGCCACUCCACUCUGUUGGUAACACACUUCAGCCAUUAGCCCCUCAAAUGAAAACACAUUUAGGCAUCUCUGCUUCCUCUACACUGGACUUGUUGUUUGUCAAGUGUGGUAGUUAUUUAAAAAGGUAAAAUCAACCUUAGGAGAGAAAAAAGAGAGAGAGAGAGAGAGAGAGAGAGAGAGCAUAUCUUAUUAAGUACAACCACUGUGUACAAAACCAGCUCCGUUUAUCCAGACAUGCACAUCACUGCUAUGGAUUUACAUUUAUAGUUUCCUGACCGCCGUUUAUUGUGUGUCAGUUCGACCACAGCUUUCUCCUGACAUUUGUUCCACUCCUCCAUCUGCUUUAACUUGUGUUUUAAAAAGGAUAAACUCUCUGUGUUCAUGGCAGUUAUCAGGAGCUGAACUUCUCUAUCUAAAUGCUAAUCAAAAAAAAAAGUCCAAAACAUCCAACGUCCUCAUUGACAUUGAUUUAACUGCUGGCAUAAAUUCAAUUCAGCAAUCAUCCACAUCAUCCAUAUUCAUGCUGCAGUAAUUUACUUACAUUAAUGUGCAUCCACAGCCGUAAUGCUGCUUGACGCACAUACCAAUUUAGUCUAUAAAUAAGGACACUGUGUUGUUCGUCCUCUGUCCUCUACUGGCUCUGGAUAUGGGACUAAUCUUUGACCCUAUUGUGAUCCUGUUAUUCAACCUGACCUUUGACCUGUGUUAUGUUCACUUUCUACAGAUAUACAUUAAUUACCAAAGGACCUAAAGUACCGUCGCACAGAGUCAGUUUGAUGCACCUGGACUUUAUUCAAGUGUUUUAAAUCUAUGUUUUUUUCUACACCAGCUGUCAGAGGGAAAUAAAGUACUUAAGUUUUUAAGAUAUGCUCCACAUUUAAAAAGAUGAAGACUUGAAAAACACUCAGAACACUUUGGAAAAUAAGGAAAACAACACGAUCUAACAAAAACACAUUUUUAUUGAAAAAAAACCCUCUGAGAUUUAAAAAGUGUUGUUAAAUAACUGUUGCACAAGUCUUCAGCAAAUUGCCAUGAGGGAGUACACAGAAGUUGUGUGAAAUAAGAAUUUGUGCCACAAUAAAGUGGCAUUUAGUUGAAAGGGUAGUUGCAUAAAAAAAAGUUUUUCUAAAAAGUUGAGGAGAUUGUUUAUCGUUUAUUCUUUUUCCUUCAUUCUACAAAUCGAUAUUGUAGUUUUCUCUUAGGGAAUAUCCCGUUCACGAUCUUCACGACUCACAAAUUUUAAUCAGGUUCAAGAUAAAAAGUUAUUGCUGUAAUUUUUCUUUAAGUCUGUUCAGACAGAACCAUAAAAUGAUGUAACAAGGAAAUGACCCACGACCUUGGCACAGUCGCAUAUGUGUAACUCCCUCUCGAUGCUUCUGAUUGUAAUUGGGUCUGUGCCCUGUUUCCUUUCAGCACGAGGUAAUUGCUGUGUCUGAGAAGGUGAUUGUGCGGCUGGAAGACUUGGUGAAGUGGACUGUGCCAGACUUCUCAGGAUGGGCCCACUGUCUGAAGGCCGAGCCUCUCAAACCCUCCGUGCUGCGGGAGCUGGGCACCAACGGAAGGCGGGAGGCUCUCCACCGCUACCGGGAGAGCACCCUGACCAGUGGUCUCAACUUCAAGGAUGUCCAGAGGGAGAGGGCACUGCUAGGUGAGCACUCAUGAAAACUCAAUUCAUACAAGUUUAUUUCUUCAAAAGCAGUUCUUAAGGUUGCUGCUGGGUUUCGGAUUUCUUUUGGGGGUCGGUAUUUGGGUCCUUCCUCCACAGUAGAUUGAUCUGUCAAGGUGGUUUGUUGAAUAUUGCCUUUGAAAGAAUUUUGGGAAACAAUUUUCACCCACUGUAUGUUCCUUGUAUCAAACCAAGAAGAUCAAAACCAAUCUUCUGUCUGUGAUAAUUCCCAAACUAGAGUCUGGAGGCAACUGGCCUAGAUUAAACAGAUAAAAAGCACUUAGCCUGCUUCUGUUCAGUGCUGAAACCAGGUGACAGCUAGAAAAACCCCCCAAUUUUUUUUUUAGUUUAUCUUAAAAUCAUUUUCAUUUUAAAGGUUACCGCUGAAUUUUCUAUCCCCACAUGCUGCUGUGUUAAAUGUUCAUGCAUUUGGCUCCUGCCUCUGCCAUAAAUCAUCUUAUGUUUAUUGGUUUUACCUAGUUUAACAAGUGUUGUCUUGACUCGAGUAAUUCAUCAGUAAGUAGUUGAAAAGCCUCCUGCUAUAAUAAGUGCAGACUUGCUCUACCAGAGACCUGUUAGAGACAGGUUUGCAAAUGCAUUACGGUCUUACUUUACAACAGAUACGUUUCCAGACAACAAAGGCUGCAUGUCGAACAAUAACAUCACUCUGCUGCUGCUUAUGUCUUUAAAUAAUUGAGUCCCAUCAAACUGCAGACCACAGCACCUCUGACACCUUCUUAUCCUUCGGUUCAGACGUGCGGCGCAGAAGCUCGAAGGAUCAUUGCUGUGUGUCUCACUAGCUGUCUGGUGUGUUCAUCAUGUUCACGGUGCCAUUAAGUGUCACUGAUUGUUUGAUUCCUGCGUUCUCGGGCCCUCGGGGUCUCGCUUCAGCGUUACCCAUGAAUCAGUUGAAACAUAAAGCUGUAUGUCUGUGUGUAUGAGUCAUCGGAUGCAAAUAGGAAACUGGCAUUUGAGCCUAAUAAUCAGAAAGAACAUAAUGUUCCCUUUGAAGCUAUUUCCCACUUAUUUGCUUCCCUGCCUCUCACAUGGCUAUGAUGUAAUGCCUAGUACUGAUUAGAGUGUUAUAAUGGAGCUUUGCAAACAUGCUUAAAAUACCAUCACUAUGACAAUUUGUCUUGUCAGGUUAUACAGAAUGAUGGAGAUUUCAGCCUGAGUUAUUGCUCAAUUAUCAUUUUUAAAGCCUACAUGGAAGUGAAACCGCUUCAGGCUUAAAAUUAUGACGCACUUUUCUCGAGAAAAACGCUCCUUUAUCGAUGACUGUGGUUCUGUUUGACUGUUCAGGGUCUUCCAGGAAUGCGGCGGUGCCCUUGAUUGCUCGACUUUGCUUGAAUCUCAUACGCAAAAAAAGGACAAGAAGAUCAAUAAGGGAUGCUUUGUUGUUAUUCCAGGGAUCAAUACAGUUUGAUCGUGCUUGUGGUGUAUGUGUGAUGGCUUGCUUUCGUAAUCAGAUGUGCCAUUGUGCUUCUUAAAAGGUAUUAUGUUCCAUAUUAUCGCGUUCUAUAAAUGCGCUGUACCGUCCAGAUUUUAUGGAUUUAUCUGCUCUUGGUGUAAUAACCUGACGAUGAUGCUUUUGUUACCAAGGGGCUGUGUGUGUGUGUGUGUGUGUGUGUACGUGCGCGUGUGUUCGUGCGUGCGUGUGUUGCUAAUGAGCAGCGCUGCCGUUAAUGACUCCAUCAGGCUGUUUCUAAAUGCACUUGUCACUCCGAUGGGACACUCCGCCAGAGAAUCUGCCCACUCAGCAGAACCAGCUCAGACUCUGGCAGGCCACCAGAGACACACAAGCACUCUUUAACACGCAUACAAACAUGCACACAUGUUACACACCGACAAUCGGUGGUGUGCAUCCACUUAUCCAUUUGUUUGUUUGCUCACUAUGUCUUUGGCGUGUUUCUGUUGUUGACAGUCCAACAAUAUAAGCGGGCUAGAGAGUUUGGGAGUCAGGGAGAGAGAGAGAUCACUUAUUCAUCAAGGCAAAUGCACGUUACUCUGAGCAAGGGUUUGCAUAGAAAUAUGAAAUAUGCCUCUGCAAUGCUGCUGACUAUCCAAAUGAAAUAUUCAUGCCACAGCAGCAGCAGAUCAGAUAUAAAAGAAGCCUUAAAGCAUCCUGUAUCUGAAUGUCUGUAAUUUGCUGUAAUAUGUUAGCUCAUACACUCAACUGACUCUUUUUUUGUCAUACAGCUAUAUUCCCUUUUUGGGGCGAUUGUAUUUAUGAACAGAACAGCCCGAGGUGGCUGCUAGCUGAAUGGCUUAAAUGAUGUAUUUUGCUGAUUGUUAUUCUGAUCCGUAACUAUGUCAGAGGAAUUGGAUUGUUCCCCAUAACAGGAUAUUGCAGCAAUACCACAAGCUGCACAGAACACCAUUGUGAGCUAAAGACCAAUAAAGUGUGCCAUUGUUACCGAGGGAAACGGUUCUCUUUUUUCUUUUUUUUUUUCCAAGUGCGUAUCUUAACUUUUCCUGGCACGCUGCCAAGGUGAGUUAAGUGCACUGUAAUGUAUUUGUGUCUCACAGGCAUAAAUGAAAAAUACCGCCAGAGAAAUGUUCCUCAAAUAGCAGCUUGAGAAUUGCAUUACUUUGAUAAACAUGAUGUUAAGCCCUAAAGUAUAACUGAACCAAACUGAAUGUCCUCAAAAAUGCACAAAAAUUGAAACCAAAGACGGCCAUUCAAAUUAAAGCAAUUAAUUAAAGAAACAAGUGACCUUUACUACCUCUGUCUGUCUGUCCUGCAGCAUCGACAGCUGUGACUCUAAAACCUGUGAGGCAGAGAGAUGAUUGGUAUCAUAAUUCAGAUUCCAGUUUUAGGGAGGCUUUGAAAAACAGGUUUUUUUAAAAAAGAGCUUCUGAACUAGCAUGAAAGAACCUUGAGAAUGACGCAACUUUCUCACAGACGUCUGAAACUUAAAAGGAAAAAUGAUUUAAUUUGUACAAUUUGUUGAACAAGUGGCACCAGUCUGUUCUUUGAUACCGCUGCCAUCCAUGUCUUAUACAGAAGCCUAUACAAGCAUGAGCCUGCCAGCUUAGCAUGGCAAAGACAGGAAAAAAAGAGGCCAAGUGUUGACAUCGGCAUGUAAAAAUAUUGCAUGUGAAACACUUAAACUUUUUUCUUUUAACCAUCUGAUUGUAGAGGUCAUAUAUUGUAGUUUUAACAUGAUAGUAUGAUGAGCUUGGCAUUAAUGUAUAAACACUAGUGUUGAGAUGUCUGUCUGUCAUGAUAGCAUGUACUGAGUCGGGGCCAGUACCAGAUAAGCACAUUAAACUAUAAUCCAUAAACGUAAGGUAACAAGUGAGACCUUAUGGUGCUGUGACAGCAACGCGAUUGAGUUUGAGACAGUGAAAAAUACAUAUAGUAUGUUGUAUCUGAACAGGUUAGCUUACGAGCUAAAGAUACUUAGCACAGAUGAAAGUUAAAACAAAGACAUUUAGCAAACUGUUAAAACACACAAACUAUCGUCAUAUAAGAGAUCCGACGCUAUGAGUCUCCACAAGUUGUCCUUCAGGUCGUUAUCUUUGUAAUAUUUGUGUUUUUUAUCAAAAAGUACUCUGUUCUCCGACACGUAAACAAUCAGCCGGUCGGCCAUGUUGGAUAUACCGGUAAAUCUGACGUUGCAACAACACGAUAUCUGAUUGGUCAGAAGUGGACACACAGUAUGCGAAACUUUUGAAAGAUCGACUGUGAUACGAAAAAAAAAAUGCUGCAAUAUCGCAGGACGGGAAAAUGUUGCUGAUGUAAAUGCUUGUAUUGACAGGAUACGGGCUCGAAAAAAAAUAUUGAUGUCCGAAAUAACCACACGAAAAUAAUGCCCCCGGUGUGAAAGGACCUUUAGUUGUAGCAGAGCCUCCGAAAGUACUAAUACUAUGCCAAAAUACUAUCAUGCUCCACUAUCUAGAUGUAAACAAGCACAGAUGUCAGAUGAUGUGUGGUAUCAAGCUACGGUUUGGCAUUAUUUUAAUCUAGAAAAUGAAAAUAAAAUUGUAUAUGGACCUUUAAUUCAUUUCAUGUUUAAUGUUUGUACAUAGAAAGCAAAGGAGUCAAAUUCCUUAUAUGUGCACACCUACUUGGCCAAUAAAGCUGAUUCAGAUUCAGAUUUGAAGUAAUUAUGCUGAGCUCAGCUAAGAUAUAAUGCUGCUGCAGCUAGCGCCAAAUUUGCACAAAACAUGAAUGUGAGUAUUACAGUAAGAAAAUAAGUGCAGUAUCUGCUCAUCUGAUAACAAUGCAGAUUAUUUUCUUUUGAUAGGUCUAGUUUCUAUCUUUUUUUUUGACUCUGCUAUAACAGUAAGUCAGACCAACAUUUGUGCUAUAGCUAUAAAUAAAUAUACUGAGUAUCAGUAUCCCAUGUGCAGCACUCUAACCAAGAAGAGAUUGAAAAUUAUUGCUGUGAGUACAUACAGACAGAUGCAUUACAGCUUGCAGUCGUUACGUAAUCUGUAAAGCAGUUCACUUAAUCAGGUAAUGCAAACUGUCCACUCAGUUUAUCUUGUAUUGAAGUGAGCAUUAUAGCUUCUUUUUACAGUUCAAUCCACCAGGGAUAGCUUGCCAGGGAAGUUUACAUUCUGCCCGUCUAUCUCUCCCCAGAGAACUGGCCUGAUUUUUUUUCAUUGCUGCCUGCUGAAAUUGGUUUCUGGUCGUAUACCAGGAGGCCGAGGGGUUGGAGAGCUGUAUCUGCUGAUACAGUUUGUUGGCUUGUGCUUAGAAAAACAUAGAGCUAUAGAAGGAAAAUAAAAAAAUGUAUAGAAAACAACAGGAUAGAUUGUUUCUGCUGUUUAAAUAGCUCAAUAGGUUUGCUUUCUUGUCUGUCUUUAAGUUGGGCUUUCAGUUGGCAAGCCAGUGAACAGAUUCUGGGUUGAGAUGCUGCAGAAAAUUACACAAGGUCGGAUCUCAAGACUCCUGAAUUCAGAGAAACAUAGACGGUGUUCCUGACUCCUGCCCUCACAUAUAGUAUCAUCUGUAGCUUCAUCAUCUGUUGGCAUGGCAAGGAUCAGGGCUCUGAGGAAAAACAUCAUGACAGGAAUGUGUAAGCUUGCAGGCAGAAAAUAAUAUUUCAAAAGAGGUUAACAUCCAUUAGAGAGCUUUUACCGUUUUUUAUUCUGUGAAACCUUUUUAAAACUCAGUGGAAUGUACUUUUAGUAAAAAACUUAUGGCAUGCUUUCUUUGGUAUAUAAAAAUGAAGUUUGAUUUGAAUUUAUGGAAUAUCUCAAUGUGUAGAUUCCAAUUGAACAUGGAUUUAAUUCAAAGCUCACUUUUCUGUGAGCUGCAGGUAUAAAGAAAUGACAUAAUAGCAUUUUCCUGCCAAUCCAUUACAGCAGACUAUAAUCACAGAUCAUGUUGUACUUUUCACUUGAAGUUACUAUCAUUUUUCAGUUAAAUUAUCUUGUUUUUUUUCCAUACACGCAUGCAAAGCUUGUUUUGUUAUGAAAGGGGUGUGGGUUAUUGUAUUUACUAUAUAUGGUCUGGUGAUGUUAGGGAUCAAACCACCACCCUUACGAUAAAUGGAUGACCUUCUCCACCAACUGAGCCACAAAAUUACAUUAAAAUUGAAACUUUUCUCAGCCUUGAGUUUGAGCCUUGAGCUUCUGAGUUUCCUCAGUGCAUUGCAUUGUAUGCAAACUCAGAAAGUAGGAUUUUUUAAAGCCAAAAUAUAGUUUUAUUUCUAUCUGGGGGUAUGUUGAAUUGUAUCAUUUUAUACCAAGAAUUUGCUUGGUUAGAGUAGUGUGCAGGCGGGAAUUGGGAUGCACCUGAACAUCCCUUUAUGUGAUCAGAGCUAAACGAACAUUGAUUGAGCUGGAUGGUGCAGCCAGCCGGCCAGACACAGAGCGAUAUCACUGCAUUUCAAAAUUCUUUACAGCCUAACCUGCUUGUGUAGAGAACCGCUGUGUAUUUUCUCUCUGAUGCAACAUCUGAUCUGUAUGCCAGGCUUGCCACAUAUACCCGAUGUUGAUAUCCCGACAAUAUUUCAGUCGGAACAUUUCAAUUUGAUGUAGAGGGUAGAUUCUGUCCCUUUUCAGAGGCUGUUGUGAGCGUCACAGAAUGUUUAUACGGGUAGGAGCCAGUGAUAAGGAGACAGACAGAUGCUGUCUUCUCAUGCUUGAUUUGUCUUGGUGACAAUACAGAACAAUAUUUGGGACUUUGACUCGCUAUCACACAUGAAAAUGUUUUAUGUUUCGGCUGCAACGUGGGAAGGGAGUAAGCGGUUUUCUUGGAAAAGAUAAAAAGAGAAUACGUUGCGGUGUUACAAGAGUAAUGGUAUGUUGUGACUGUGACAGAGAAGGAAUUCUUCCUUGUAAGACACACCAACACUUUACUCCUCCAUUCAGAAUAUGUGGCAGAUUGUAUCGUUUGCACUCAUUUGCUUUCCGCCCCUCAAACAUAUUUGCUUCCCCUUCUGCUUUUUUGCGCAGAACUAAUUCAACAAACUGUCGAAAAAUCCCUUUUGAAGUAAUUUAAUGGAGUGUUUGUAUUGAUUAUGUGCCUCUCUCGCCCCCCCUUCCCCCUCUUUCUCUCCUUCCCGGGUGUGUUUUUUUCCCUGUUUGCUGGUGUUUGGAGGGGGUGGCUUUAUGGCAGUAUCUUCUUCAUUAUGCUCAGACCUGUAGGAGAGAGAAUCACAAGCUGUUUUUCCUCACUGAUGUGCUCAUAUCAUUAAUUCACUUCUGACUGGCCGGAAGCCAGAGAAUUCUAAAUCUGUAAGCAGUAAAUUGUGUGCUGGGGUGGAAAAAUCUAUUAGAUGUUUGAGCAUGCCUUGAAUUUGAAUGGGAGAAAGAAAGCAAGAGAGACCACCCAACACCCAUGCCAUAUCCUCUUAUGACUCCCACCAUAAUCAAAUUCAGCUCCUUUGGAUGGCUAUAUUCAUUAAUAAUUUGUGUUAUUUUAUUUCUGGAAUGUCACAUAAUGUGUUUUCUGCUUUGAGUGAGGGCUGGUUAAACAAUGAGAACGGCCUCCAAGGAAAUGAAGAGCCCCCCCCCCUGUCUCUCCAUUACAACAGUUGUGUCUCUCUUCUCUCCAUUAGUCAGGUCUGAAACAACAGAGAUGCUAUUGAUGUGACCUCUGCCAGGCAUCUUAAACAGGCAGAAAAAGCGAAUGAGACUGUUUUAAUACAGCAGCUAAUCUGCCUCAGAGACAAAUUUCCUGAUAGAGUAAUUUCACCAUAAUUUUCUUUGUUAUAAAAAGCCUUAAAAGCUCAUGGAUCAGGAGGUUUUUAUCUGAGAUUGUGUGUUGAUUCAGGAACAUUUUGCUCUCUCUUCUUAAACAAAUUGCCUGCCAGUUCCAGUUACACUCUGACUCACACUUAUGUGUUACCCAACCAGCAGUCUUUCUGGAAAGAUUUCUAUAUCCGUCUUUGUCAAAAUAAUGCUCAUUUUGAGUAUUACAGCAACAUCUAUAUUUUAGCAGGGAACUGCUCUUUCUUCACAUCUCCUUGUUAUGUCGUGUUGUGUACCUUCAGAUGAAGAAAUAAAGAAAAACAGAUAGAUGUGGAUGAUUGUGUGCUGCUCAGUGGGCACGCUGCUCACACACAGAUUGUACAAAUAAUAACUCUGCAUAUUUUAUGAGUAUGCCAGUCCAUCUGCUUUAUGGAUCCAUAGGAGAAUGUUGUCCUGUUGUGUUUAUCAUAAGGACUUCAAGUUCGUGCCAUCAGUUAGAAAAACACACAAAGAGACGUUGUAAUUUGUGCAGCUUUAUAUUUCUUCUUUCCUACAGUUUCGGUUGUAGCUGCAUCAUUUUGAUUUCACUCUAAAGCUACAGUAAGAGACUUUUGGUCUGUGUGUUUUGGCGCCCCCUGUGGACAAAGUGGUUCUUCCUAUCUAAAAGUCAUGUUUUCAGAUAAAUCUCUUCCUUCUCCAACAGUUACUGUAAACAAAGGCUGUUUUGGCCGAGCACUUCAGCUGACUUCACUGACAACUUCCCUCACAGCAAUGGCUACAAGUCUCAAAAACAACAGUGUCGAAAAUGAUCAACAAAUCAUUGGUGGUCUUAUUUCUUUUUGUAGGUCACAAAGAGGCAAAAUUAUUUCUAGUCAGUGCCAAAACCAGCUCUGAACUUCUCAAAGGAGCUUUCACACAAUGAUUAUUUAAUCAAAUAUGAUUAGGCUCCCAAACAUCAGUAGGAAAACAAAGUUAAAUUAGCUCUACUUCAACUAGCUACUCUUACUUCGACUAAUACAAGAAUGCAUCGGCGAUAACAACCCAGUAAUUUAAGGGUAUACUUAAAUGAGCCACUUUUGGUCACUGAGUAUGCUUAUGAGUAGCUUUAAUUGUGGUUCUUUCAAAUGUGGUACAUUUUGCGAAUAAUACUUCUACUUAAGUGACACUUGAAUUCGAACAGCACAGACUGUUGCAGAGAAAGCUACACUAUCUUAGACAAAUGAACCAAGCUAACAGUGGUACAAGUGUCAACAGUACACAAAGGAUUUAGUUACAUUAUCUGCUGUUUUACUCAUCACCUGAGAUCAUGGUUUCAAAAGAGUUAACUGUGAACAUUGCUGCUGUAGUAAGUCACCGCAUUAAAAACACAUUUAGCUCUUACUUUGGAGUUACUUUGACAGAGAAACACUUGUGACCUAUGCAGAGUUAAAAAUAGCUCUUCCUGUAGAUUGCACAUCAGCCUCUUGACAACUUCCACUUAAUUUCUGCCAUAAUCUGUAAGGCAGAACUGAAACAUAGCGGCUGCUGCUGGGUGUACGUACUAUGGGUCACAGUGUGGAAGAUAGACUUUUAGCCUUGCAGGAAUAACAUAGUGUUUAUUUCACAGCGUAGUGGUAAUGCAUUUCACCAGCAUUGAAAGGUAAUUGCAAUGCAGGCUUUGAUAGAUUCCAGACCUUCAGUGGGAGCUGUGUAUGUGUGUAUGUGUGUGCGUGUACGCGCUGCAUGCUCGCACAUACUUGCACGGAUACAUAACUGUCCUUAAUGCUUUUAUUAAGCCAAACAAAACAUAAAUGACAUAAUUUGUAUUUGCAAAACAUAUCUGUGCAGAUGGUGUAAUAUAUUUUGCUUUCUUUGAUAUAUUGACUGCCAGGGGAGUUGGAAAGGAGCGCCUGGGCUGCAAACAAUAGAUCAUUGAUGCCUCUCUGUCCUCUUUCUCAACCUGUCAGUCCAUUUCCUUGUUAUGUACUGGCCUGAGGAGCACUUGGCAAAAUGAGAGGCAUUCAGCCAGUCCUGCCCCCCCACUCCUCCCCGAUUUUCCCCUUCAGCCAUAUCUCAAGGAAAGCUGUUGUUUUGUUUGACGUGCCAAAAGAUAAAAUCAAAAGUUAACAGAGAGGAUUGAACUUUACUUUAGUAAAUGUGAGAAAAACUUGAUUGGAUGGACUAUUAUUCAGCAAACCAACCUGUUAUUUCUGUUUGUGGCUUUCAUGAGGAACAGUUUUUCGCAUCCAAUCAAGCCAGUGACACAUACAUAGACACUGCCAGUCAUCACAGAGACUUUAAGAACAACAAAGGACUUUAAAUAAGUUCUGUGAUUCAUGCUGUUGUCAUUUCAUGUCUCUUCUUACUGUGUUAUUAUACUGUAUACAAAAUAAAGAAGCGUCCAGGGAUGGGUUUUACAAAAUAAACAAAAAAAAAAAAUCACCCUGUCAUUUCAGCCCAUACUGGACUUAUUGCGAGUGGUUGUUUAAGAAGACACAGAAAUAUUAAAGUGAGAAAAAUAAGAAGUUUUUCUGGCCUGAGUGGACUUAAACUUGUGAUCAGGCAUAAUAGAUAGUCUCCACUGAAGUUCUUAUCUUUGCGGUACAGUGUGAGGCAUGCAGCUGCAAACUGUGUAUGUAUGCGUUGCAUUUAGGUGAUUACAGCUCUGUUGGUAAAGCAGACGUUUGCCACAUCAGAGAUCUCGCUCUGUAAACUGGAGGUUUAAAGGCAAGCUGGGAGCAGUUUAUCAGAAAUUACCUGCUUGUUUUCUAGCCAGAUUCUGUGUUUGUCACAUGAAUAACACAGCAGUCUUCUGAAAACAGUUUGUGCAGGAGCUUCAAACGCACAUCAUUAGAGCUUGUGGAGAGAAAGCAAUUGUUAGUGUUAUUUUUUUUUUUACUUUUCUGUGGCUCUUUUUAAAAUGUGUAAUCACAGCUAAUUGCAAACACCAAAAUAUGGAGAAGAAAAUCCCCUGGUUUGCAUUUCCGGGAUUUUCUUUUGUUCACUCAAUAUGCUUUAUACCACAGACAGCACAUAAACAAGAAAUGUGAACAGAUGGCACUGGUUUUUAAUGACAUAUUGCUAUCUGUAAAGUCUCCCUCUAAUCCACAGACUAAAACGUCUCCCCCUUGGGGAGCGCACCGCUCUAGUUGUUAUCAUCCGCUGCUAAUGUCACUCUUUUCUUUGCCACAUUGUCGAGUCCUCCAGCUAAAUAAAUGCAAUGUAAAUGGAGUAUUGUGCGGGAUGUAAUUAUUGAAAAGGGUUCCAGUUGGCUUAGCUCAACGGGCUGUUUAUUUAAAGCCUCCCUCCUCCGUACUGAUCUGAUGAUAGAGAGAGAGAGAGAGAGAGAGAGAGAGAGAGAUGGAGAGCUUCUUAUAUAAUGACAGGAAUUUACAAUGGAGCCCCUUUAAAUAUCUCAAAUACCCCCCCCCCCCCCAUUCAAUUUGUCGUUUCAGAUUCUACUUUUAGGAAACGCGCUUGUUCCAAAUAGCCCUAUAGUAUCAUCCCCCCCUCUCCCCCCCAUCGCCUUGCUUCAUUCCUUACUCCAAACAUAUUAAAUCAUACUUCCUUUUACACGUACACGCCCUGAGAAAUACAGUAAGUCUGCGUUGAUAAUGAGGGGGCCCUUCUUUGAGGAAAUACACACGGCAACUUUGAUCUAGAAUGGCAUGUAAUUCCUUGCCUGACCCAAUUCCCAAUCUCCUGAUAAGAUGUUUUUUCCCCUCUUUUCCUCCUCCUUCUCCUCCUUUGCUCUAACCUUCUUGCAGAACUCACUCAAAUGGGAACUUGCUGUCCCAUUAAAGAUACAUUUAAAGCCAAACAUGACAUUCAUUUCAGUCUGCAGGAGGAGGAAAUGUGAGUCUCUGUGAAGAAAAGCCUCGAUGUAUCCCUCGCUCUGUGUCGGUGACAACCUCUCUGAGAUCUCUGAUCACAGCUGCUCGAUUGAGUUGGAGUCGGACAGAGCUGCGUGACAAACGAGAGCUGCCAUCAUAGCAGAUAGGGUAUCAUCACCUGGGUGUAAGAGCUUUUAGGCGUGUUUGAGGAGAAGGAAACAGACACUGAGAUGAGUGUUUCUCUUGUUUGUGUCUCAUCAAAAGGCAGCUGCUUUUCUGCAACUGAGAAUAGUUGAUUAAAUUUGCUCCCUGUGGUAUUUGCACAUUUCGUUGUUCUUGCAGAGCAUCUUGUUUUUACUCCGAGAAUUGACUGCGCCAUAAGUGGAUUGACCCCCAAAAACCCAGCAGUAGUCUUUCAUUAGUCAGUAUGCGGCCGGGGACCAGACAGCGAGUGGUGUUUAGGGCCAAUCCAUCACGACACAAAAGGGGAUCAGCAUGGCACAGGCUUGUCUUCUUCAUCUGUAGCAACAACGUGGCCUCUAACCUCGUAGUAAUCACCACAUCACUUUUUUUCUCUUCUGCAUGACUCUGAUGAGGCUACAGCGUUGUUUAAUUUCAUCCACAGGAACAAAAAAAAAAAGGGGCCCUUCAGAGCUUUUCUGAUAGCUCAUUUGUUACAAGGCCCCUGUUGUUUUUUGAUAGUCAAAAGAACCAAUUUGGGUUUUUGACAAGGACGCUCCCUGAAUAAUUCCUUCAUGUAUUACAGGACCUAUUAAAAGCAAACUUUUCAAUCUGGCAAUCAAUAAGGCAGGCAGCUUUCCCUGGCCGCGUGCCAGACACAUUAGGGCUGCGAGCGAUGGUUGCUAGGGAGCUGAGCCUGCUCAGGGGAAAGAAUGUUUAAUGUAAUAGAAUCACAUAAAUCAAGCGGAGGAAAGUGCUUGUGUUGUUUCUUCUUCUCUUCUCUUCUUCGUCUCUCUGUUUAACUGAAAACAUUUAAUAUGGGUGUGUGUUUUUGAAAAUGUGCUGCAGCCACCACCACCACCCACUACCCCCCCCCCCCCCCCCCCCCAACUCUCUUUGUCAACCGCAAGAACAUCUGGGUAGGAAUUAAGCUGAGGGAAGUUGAAUUUUCUCUGUGUUUAUCUGAGUGUGUGUGUGUGUGCGCACACUUCUUAUGAGUGUGCUUGUUUUUGUAUGCAUAGCUGUGUGUCCUCAAUCCUUGUGCACACUUGAAUAAAUUGAGGUGAAAAUUAUAUAAAUGUUUCUUUUUUUUUCCUUCUUUGUCACAGGCCGAUGCCCCACCCAGCUGAAAUGAAUGAGGCACUUUAGUGCUUUACUAUAAUUAAGAACAGGAGCCAGCAUGCAUGGAGGGCUCUGUCUCUCCCGCUCUCUCUCUCUCUUUCUCUGUAUUUCCUUAUGUUACUCUCUCUCUCUCUCUCCGCCCUCUGUUUCAAUAGAACAUUUCCUCUGGGUGUUAGUGGCCUUUUGUGGGAAUAUGAUUAUCUAAGAAAAAUUAGCUCACAGACAUGGCCUGUGAGUGUAAAAGCCAGAUAACUCUUAAAGUUGUAUUGCAGCUUUUGUACCUGAUUACUGCGAAUCUUUUUCAUAACAGGCAAGUUUGUCCGUCAGGGAUCAGAUUGUAUUUGAUCAGCUUGAAUUCAUAAUGGCAUUACAACCAUAUUAAAGCUCCUGUGAGGGGUGUUUCGCUUGUUAUGAAACAAAGUGAAAAUACGAUUAAUGCAUCUGUGUGAGCUAUAAAAGCAAACAAGACCAUCACUGAUAACAUGCCUAAUUGAUCCCUGAAAAAUGCUUUCACUUGGGUAGGUGUCACAUUAAAGGUCCUUACACUCCGGGGCUGACACGAAUAAAGAACGCGAAAGUACGAAAUAUCCGGAGGCAAAUUUUGACGCGCCUGAUGCCCGAUGCGAUUUUGCAACUUUCCGGGGAGAAAAGACGCAUCCCGGGAAGACCUUUGCCAGGGAAAGUCCUGCCUCCUUCACCUCUGAUUGGCUAGAAAAGCUGGAAAUGUCAUCACACGCUAAAGCCAAACAGGCAGCACUUAUAGCCAAUCAGAGGCGAUAAGAUGAAACUAUGGUAACAACCGUUAGCAUAUGUUAGCACAGAUAAAUGUUAAAACAAAGACGUUCAGCAAACUGUUAAAGCACACAAACAUCGUCAUAUGAGAGAUCCGACGUUAUGACACAAGUUGUCCUUCAGGUCGGUAUCUCUGUAAUGUUUGUGUCUUUUAUCAAAAAGCACUCUGUUCUCGACACGUAAACAAUCAGCCGGUCGGCCAUGUUGGAUAUACCGGUGAAUCUGACAUCGCAACAACACGCAAUCUGAUUGGUCAGAAGUGGACACACUGUAUGCGAAACUUAAAAAAAUCGACCAUGAUCCGAAAAAUGCCGCAAUAUAGCAGGACGGGAAAAUGUUGCUGAUGUGAACUCUUGUAUUGACAGGAUAAAGGUUUGAAAAAAAUAUUGACAUCUGAAAUAAUCACACGACAAAAACGGUUCCUGUGUGAAAGGACCUUAAGUCAGAUAUAGUUGAUAUUUUCCUCAGCAAAGAUUACAAGGGAGUGAUAAAAGUAGUAGGGCGUUUUUAAUCAGAAAACACGGUUGAAAAUGAAGGCAAACAAAAGUUUGUAAGCUUAUCAAACCAGCCUUGCCUUCCACACUACUCUUCAUCAUUUGCUCUAUUUGUCCCAAAUAGUCUUUUUUUUCUCUCUCUACCAAAACAUGACCAGACUCCCCACUGGUCAGCCACUCUUUGGAAAAAUACCCCCCCAGCUUUUUCUUGGUUUAUAAAUUGCACUGUUGUUCAGUUGCAUCUUGAUUUACCACUUAAGCCAAACACCAGACUCAAGCCAGUCUGACAAAGUUGAAUUAAGAGUUUCAUUAUUUAGCUUGACACAUGUACAAAUAGACAAAAUUGAUCAUUUUUUUCACCCGAGGGACUUAUCAUUGGAAACUAUGCUCUUAUAUUUGUUGUGAUAUACUGAUGCCAGAGUCGCACAGUGGUGACAAAUGUCUUUUUGUAUUUCUUGAAUGCUUAAGAAACAGAAGGAUGAAGGAGAGAGUGGACAUAAAAACUUAUUGAAGACCGUACUUAUCUAUCAUGAGUCUCUCUCAGGCCACAGUGGUGUUACUAAGAGAGUUUUUCAAUCUAAAACCCCACCAGCAAGUAUCUGUAUUUGCAAUUUGAUUCUAGCCGAGUUUCUUUACUCAGAAAGAACAUUUGCUGAAAAACAGUUUUUGGCACCUGCUUUGAAAUGAAAGAUGGAAGAAAGUCAACAAAUACCAGGAUAGCUUUGAACAAUGAGUUGAAAUAACCUGAGGAGGAAAUGCCUUGUUGCAUUCAAGCAGUUUGAUUCACAUUUAACAUCACAUUACGCACUUUAGUCCUGACUCUGUAAAGUGUUGAUUAUUGCAGCUAUAGCAGCAAAUCGCCGAUUGGUGUGAGACUAAAUUUACCAUACUACCACAGGAGAAAGAGGCUUCCUAAUGAGAAAAGACUUCAGUGAUCCUUAGGGAGAAAUUGAUGGUAUCACUACAUUAGUAUUAUACCUCACCACAUAGGAUCCCAAAAGGAUUAAGGGAUGGAUUUUAGGGAAAAAUGCUCCUUUAGCAAAGCCUGCAUGUUGUGUGUGAUUGUGAGAACACAGAUUACAACUAGUAUGAUGAGCAGAGGAAAGGCGGGUCAGUGUCUGUGACUGAUGUUAUCAUGAUGACAGACGGUAACAGAUUAAACAGUAUGUUCUUCUUUGUAGAUCCAUGAAAAAUGUCAGAUAUUGUUAAAAUUCUCCUCACUUUGAACAAAAUAAGCUGAUGAUACACGGGGGUGAUUGCUGGGCUUUGUUUUACUCCAGCGCCGUGAUUGAUUGAUGCUGCAUCCUCCGCAUAAUUAAUGUGAUUUUGUUUACAGUACUGACUUGCUUGUAAUUAGCAGAAUGUUCUAGCACAUUUUGUUUGAUCUUGAUAGUGUAGUCAUUCACAGAUUGGACAAGCAAUGAAUCAUGCGUAUGAAAUUAUUCCAUUGUUUUAUGUAAUUCUCCUUUUCAGAGAAAACACAACGUUGCUGUUAGAGAAAUUGUGACGCCCACUAAACCCCCCCCCCUCUCCUUUUUUCCUCCCUUUCACUUCAUUUCCAUUCGGUGUCAUUGACAGAUGCCGUUCCCUCUUUAUUUGGUCGGGUUUCAAUAACAUGAAACCAAUAGCCAGAUCGGGCGCCUGCUGCUGCUUAUGUGGCCCCCUCUCAGUGUCAUGUCCCCUCAUUCAGAAGUGAGAGGGAGAGAGAGAGACAGAGAGAGCAAGAAGGCAGAUGAAUCAGAGAUAUGUUAUAUAUUAUGAGAAGAGGCUAAAUGGAAACAGGGCAGCCUCAGAGAUCAAUACAGAGCACAAAGCUGAGAGCCACUAGGAUGGAUCAGAAUACCAAACAAGACCCUUAUUUUGUUACUUUCCCCUGGCUUUCUCUUUUCCUUACAAGUGUUAUUACUUUUGCCAUUAUUAUUAUUGCUUUUUGAAAGAUUUUACACUACUUUAGUGUUUUAAAAAAAGGAGCAAAAACAAACACAAAAUAUGAGAGUUACAUGAUUGACUCUGGCGUACAUGCCUUACCAUUUCUUGCCAAGCCCACAAAAGCAGCGGGGGGAUCCAGUAAAAUUCCUCGGCCGGGCAGAUAAUGUGGAAAUGUUGACAACAGCAAAUUUGAGGUGAGUGAGUGAUUUAAGGACUACAGUGUGUGACAGGGAGCAUGAGAGUAAUGGUUUUCAGCUUUUCCUCUGCCUAUAUGACAGCAGAAAUGAGCACACUUGCCCUGAAAGAUCUUGUCAGAGCUUGUGGGCAGUUUGGAAUAUUUUUAAGCUUGGGUGAGUUUAAAUGACACAACAUACAUGAGUCACAUUUGGGUUUUAAUUAGCCAGCGCAGAUCCGCUUUUAACUGUCAGCAGCCCUCUUAUUAUGACCAGUUUUAUCCUCAACUUGCAACAGCAGCUUCAAAAACUCUCUAGUUCGAGCAGCAGAUCUGCAACAUGCAGCAGUAGAUCAGGAUCAGCCCUUUUUUUAUGGUUUGAAAUUCAAUGAUAUCAAUGAUGUUUCAUCAAACAUAGCAAUCCAGCAGAGCAGCUGCUUCAACCACAACUAAUGACUCUCAUGUCGUAUGCAGCAUUUCUGAGAUUUUGAUUACCACAAGUAAUUUAUCAUGCUGGUUAUGGAAGUGAAGUAGACAUUUUUCUUUCACUUCAAUUACACAAAAUAUUCUUUAAUCACUUCUGCUAUAAUGCAGUUUAAGAGCUUGUUCCCAUCAUAUUUAUUUCUGCUCAUGUAAGCUGUAGUGCAGGAAGUCUCUCCUAAUCCCUUUUUUUCGUUGAACGUUUUUCCUGAAAAGAAGAGUUGGCUCACUCGAAUAUUUCCCCCACGAAUACUAAAUCUAUCCUGCAUUGUUAAAUAAACUUCUGUCAUGUUUAUGAACCAAAUAUUGUCCACAUAUAUUACAACGUGCCGCUUUUACUGUGUUGGAAUAGACUGAAAUCUGUUUUACUGUGCAGAGGGUCUCAUGACGGCUAAUGGAGCUAAUGACUUUACCAGUCAGCCCUGGACUGCAGUAGUGUCUCUGUCAGCACAGGCCUGAAGCACUGUAUUAUUUAAGUUUUUAUAUACAUAUCUAUAUAUCUAUCUAUACCUAUAUCUAUAUCUAUAUAUAUAUGUCUUUCUAUGUAAAAUGUUGACUCAGUAAAUCCCUCCUCAAAUUGUUUGCACUAAAUGUUCUAUUACAUGACUAAUGGAUAAAAUCUUCUGAUAAGGACCCAUAAACCCACUCAUAUCGGUGUGAACGUAUCAGAUUCAUCUGAUUUAUGUUGUGAUGAUGUGUUUCUGGGAAAUUCAGCGUCCGAUAUAUCCAAGAAGAUAGUGAGCUGCUGAAAGAAUCUCACUCAUGAGUAGUUUUAUGAGGAAGGCAGACAGGAAGCAGAUACAGAUGUUGCAAUAAGGAUGAUUUGGAUUUCAUCAUGUUCUUGUAAAGUUUCUGUUCAGCAGAAGACUCUGAAAUUUCCUCUCUUACUUAAGUGAAGCAUCAGAGCCAGAGAUUAAAAUCACUUAUAAGAUGGAUUGCAUAAUGUAUUGUAAGCAAAUGUAAGGGCUUUAGGAGCAGAUGUUCAUAGUGUUGCAAAUAGAAAGUAAUGGCAACUUGUAAACCAUAUCACAUCUUGAGAAUCACUAACUCUGCGCUCUGUAACUUCUUCUUUUCAUUCCCUGUUUGUUCGGUGCUUUUCUCUCGAUCUCUGCGUGUUGAGUUUUUUAUUAAAAGAGUUGCUGGAAGGAUAAUACCGUUGCUCCUGAGUGACAGAUGUUUGUAUGCCUUUGUCUUCAGAAAAUUAAACAGAUAUACUGUAGCUUCCUUUGUGUUCGGCUCCCUUUCAUUUAUGUGGCAUCUGUCUCGUCCCCUGGGUUGUGAUUCAUAACAAAGAACAAUCCUACAAAGCUAAAGCAGCAACAUUUCUGUAUUGAUUCACUGUACAGUUUCUUUGGUCUAAACAAGACUUGAAACACUGUAGUGCAUUUCUAUGUUGAAAGAAAGAGAGCUUUGUUGUGUACAACUAUGUGACUGAUGUAAUUUAAAGGUAUUUCAGGCCACAAAUGAUUUUAGCAGACUGUCCGUUUUAUAUAAUUGUCCUCCUAACAUCAGGGGGUGGAUGGCUCAGGCCUUAAAUUGAAGCAUACAUUUUAAUCUUCAGUUCCAGCCGCGUUGCAAAAGCAGUUCAAUGAUUUCGACGACACUCUUCUUGUCGUCAUGCACAGCCUGCGUCUAAAAAAUGUAAAAAUUUGAUUUCUGUUUGCAUUUCAAUUUGCAUAUUACAAAACUGGUUCAGUCAUGCUUCUUUAAUCUCUGGAGUGUUAGUAAGAUGAGGCUCAUCCUGUCAUCUCAAGACAGCUGAAGUCAUCCAUGCAUUUGUCAAAUCCUGGUUACAUUAUUGUAAUGUACUCUAUACUUGUGUUAGUCAGCCAGCCUUGAAGUGUCUGCGGCUUAAACAAAGUUCUGCUGCCAGACUCCACAAUAAGACCAGAUCUGUGUUAAUAUCACACAUAUUUUUGCUCCUUUUACAUUAGUGUAUUUCUCUGUUAUUUCCUAUGCUUUCUGUGGCAGAGCUACAGUUUUUAUCAUGGGCCUCUUCAACCACCUAAUACUUCAAUAACCAUUAGGGGUGUCACGAUACAACUAUUUUACUUCUGAUACGAUAUUGAUAUUGUAGCCCUCAGUUACGGCUGAUACUGAUAUGGAUCUGGAGUAGUUAUCAUCACCAUUAUUUCUGAUCACCAGCUCACACUAACAUGUUUCAACUGUGCGACAGCGAUAUGUCAUUACUAUCAGGCGAGAAGAAUUUUUCCACUGUACUGGUGAGAUCACUAUAUAAUCCACUACAGGGAGUAGUGGAUAAGUGUGUGAUUUCACACACAGCCUGUAACCCAUAAGAAAAGAGACAGUGCUCCAGCAGGUAUUACUUAUACCUGUGUUAAAAGGGUUUUCUCAACACCCCUUUGUUCAGGAUGCUAGCUCAGGGUUGUAAGUUGAUUCAUUUAGUGCAGACGUACUGGUAUCACCUGUGUCAUUAACACUGUUGUGUACGUAGACAGAAUUUAAAGGGCAUUGCGGAUGAAAGAAAUAACUUAAGAAUGGUACACACCAUUUUCAUUGCUUAUUUACACUACAGACUUAAUCAAUUUGGGUUUAGUGUUUUGUGUGUGAGAGAUUGAGUUGCUAUCAGACAUUAAAUAAAGCAGGUGGCAAAUAUAGAUGCAGUUAUUAAAUCUGAACAGUAUUAAGUGUUUUAUUGGUUUAAGAUGGAGGGCAUUGUACCUGUUAAGAUGACAGGAAGUAUAUACAAUUUCACACCUUUGGCACGGCUUGUAAUGUGUCAGCUUUUGUUAUAGAGCUUCUAUGCUACCACUCUAACAACAACUACAAUCAUAAAAGUUAUGAGCACCAGCAGUAAAAAGAAGCCAUAACAAAACUGACGAAGGUCCUCGCUCCCUGUCCCUCUACAUGGUGAACAAGCAUAUCUUUUAUUGCUCCAAAACCUUGCACCAGUUAUAACACAGUAUAAAAUCAUAUAUACUAUGCCAGUGCUUUCAAACCAUGCUUGAAAUCCCACCUGUUUGAGGAACACCUAGUUCGUCUUUUGAACCUGUUCUGUAUCGUAACGCUCCGGUUACUUUAUACAGCUGCUGUACUUUUCCAUAUUUCCUCCUUUUGUACGAUUACUCUCAACCAUUGAAGCGCUAAUAUGGAAAGAUUUCAGACAUGGGAGAGAAACUGAAGCAAAUAUCUGGCUUUUUGUCCAAACACUGCGACUUACAAUUCCCACAAUGCAACUCAAUAGUUCAUCUUUCAUUAGGGCUCUCUUGGCUCGUAAAUCCCCAUGUCUGUCAUACUCUAUGGCUCGGAGUUUGUAACACAUGUUUUCUGUUAUAGAUUUGUAGCGAGCAACCCAACCCUGAUGACAUCACUAUGACAUCACCGCCGGGGUUAUUUUCAGACUUUGGAAGGCUCCCAGAGAGUCGUAGAGAACGUUAUACAACUUUAUCCACACACUGCGAAGUGUUGAAAGUUGAUGUGUUGUGUAACAUGAAUGUUAUAGCCUUCAAAAAGUGAAAUUUUCACACAGAGCCCCCUGCUGCACGGCUAAAUUUUGUACUCAACUGACUUUGUUAGUUUACUUUUUUAUUGUUUUAUAUUAGAAUUUAUUGAGUGCUGCCCUGACUGAGUGGUUGUAAUGUCAGCUGUCCUGCAGAGCAGUUAUGACCCUGACACUAUUGUAGUUUAUGAGGUCAGGAGCUUUACAGCAUGUUCUGAAAAUAAUCUCCUACACUGCAGCUGUUUGAUCAACACGCUAUACUGCCACUAGGAGAGGACUGACAGACCAACAGACAGAAAAAAAAAAAACAGAAAAGAGGUCCAGAGAGAGAGAGAGAGAGAGAGAAACAAAUUGCAUAAUGGUCUCGUGCUGUUUUCCAGCUCUCCAGCAAUGUAGUCACAGCCUCAGCCAAUUAGAAAGCUUUAUAAAGAUAAGGCUGUCCUUUGAUUUGAAAGGUCCUGCAGUAAGAACAAAAGGAUUUUUCUACAGUGUGUGCACGCUCAAUAUACGUUGCACGCACCAACUUACACACACAUCAACAUGCAUAUGCUGCAAUGCCUUUGUACAGUUAUUAGUGCCCUGCAGCUCUCUCUCUCCAAAUUGAAUCUAAUCAAGUGAAAUGUUGUGAGGGUCCUCGGGAGAGAGAGAGAGAGGGAGAGAGAGAGAGAGAGAGAGAGAGAGAGCAGGUCUGACGGUGACCGCUUACAAUAAAAUCCUGACAUUUGGAAACAAAGCCUUCUCUACCUCUGAGCUGUAAUUGCAAAAGACAACUGCUGCAAUCCUCAAUAAAUGUGUGCAUCUGCAGUGUGAUUUCUAUGUGCAUAUAGAUAGAAAUAUGUGUGUUUAUACAUCUGUAAGCUUUGUGAGGCUUAACUCCACAUAGGCUGUCUUUCUCUGUGUGAAUAACACUGUAUGUGUGUACUUGUGCGUGUAUGUGCUGGUUGAAUGGUUUUAAUAAUUUCUUUUGAAGUGGUCGUCACAGCGGAGUACGGUGGAACUAAUUACGCUGAUUGUCAGGAAUGCAGCUGCUGUAAAUAUGCUAUGAAUGGUGUCCUUCUCUCCCUGUUUUUGCAGCACUUUCAUGAUGCUAUCAGCCUCCAGCUUGAUAAAAAAAAAAAAACAUGAAAGAAUGCAGAAAAUACAUUUUUAAAUAGACCUCUUUAAACUGUCUGUUUGUCUCCGGGAAGGCAAGGUGAAAAGCUUUGCUAGUUAGCCAGCCUUGAAAUAUUUACUCAGCAGCAGAAAUUCCCAUGAAUGUCAUGUCCGAGGGCUUUGUAAAAGCAGACAGCACAGUGAAUAAUUCAUGUAAAAAUCCUGUUUCAAACUGCCUAACUCUGCUUCAUCAACUGUUGAACCGUGUAGUCGGCUUUGUAAGCUAGAAAAAUAUUAGCACUCCUGUUUCAAACACCACAUUACUUAAAGGGAGUCAGUCUGCAUAAUAUGAAGUGAUUGCCAAAACAAUUAGUUGGUUGUAUCAGUGUGUGAAUCAGCAUCUAUUUUUCUAGUUAAACAUGAAUCAUUUUAACCAAAAAUGAGUCAAUUCUGUUUUUUGUUUUCAGUGAUCAGAUGUUCACUUUAGGAGGUUUUCUCAGACUUCUGUGUUUAUUACUCUCACUUUAAAGAUGUCUAGUUAGUCUUUUUGCUCUUUGUUACUGACAUUCUUGGGCCAACAUAGUCAGUCUGUUUAGAGCAAAACUGUAGUAGUAUCAUUAUUGAUUAUUGGUGUCAACAUGUUUGCGUCAAUAGCUCCUGCAUCAAAAGUAGAAAGAGACUGGGUUCAGUGCCAUCUGAAAGAGAAAGAGAAUGUAUUUCCUGUAUGACUUAUUCUCAUAUAAUCAUUUUUGUCUUGUGUUAUUUCUCUUGUUCCAUCUCCCGCUGGAUAAAAAUAAUAAUUGAGCAUGUAAUUAGCUGUAGAUUAUGAUAUGUGAGUCGUGUGGGUGGCAGGAGAUGUACUGAUAUAAUUAAGCAGGUCUGCAUGAAAAGUUAUUCUAACCACCAUCUGUAACCUGUGGACUCAACAGCGAAUAGUUAUUUUCACCACAUCUAUAUUUGUAGACGAUGUUAUACUGUGAGAGGAGAUUCAAAAGAAUCAAAUUGAAGAGGCUAAUGGUUUAAUUUGUAUGUUAGACAGCUGUUGUGUUAAGGAAAACAAGAUGAUGACCUCAUUUGACAAGUUAAUGAUAAUAAUAAGUCUGGGUCUCGUCUUAUUGGGCUUCUAUGCCACAUUACCAACUCAAUACGCAAAGAAGCUGACACUAAAUAUUGAAAUGAUCAGGGUGGAUUUAGCCAUAUCAACAUCAGUUUCAACAGCUGCCAGGACUUCCUUAAGAACAGUAUUCUUGUUAGCCUACUUAACAGCUUGAAUCAACACUUUAAUGUUCAUACAUACCAUGUUUGUGUUUACUUUGCCAAUUAAUCAGUCAACAAACUAACCAAUCAAGUUGUAUUUUCAUAUAGCACUAAUUCACAACAGAUGUUAUCUCACGGCUCUUUACAAAAAAAGGCAGGUUUAGACUAUCACAAGUGCCGUUUCAUUAUCACCAAGAUAGGAUGAGAUUGAGUCUCACCUCGAAGGAUGAGACCCAUUCUAUUCUCACUUAAUCCAAACACUUUGCAGCAUUUAGCAACUUACUCUGGAAAGGAAAAAACCUCUUUCUAACAGGCAGGAACUUUAAUUCAAACCAGACUGCUGUUAUACCGUCAACUAUAAAAAUAUCCUCCAUAUUUUAUUCCAGCUCUAUAGAGUUUUUUGCCGUGCUGUCGACAGGUAGAGGUGAAACAUGAGAAUUACAUUGUAAUGUGCCAUUACAGUUGACUGACUAUUAUCAUUAACUAGUCAAAUGACGUUACCAUAUGACAUAUAUGAUCAGGUUGUCUUUAACGUUGCCUUUACCAUUCAGACUUAAUAACCAAGUCAAGAGGGUUUUGACCAAUCAGAAUCAAGUAUUUAACACAGCCAGGGGAUUAAUAAAAGGCCAGGUAAUAAAUUCAGUGUAAUGCAUUUGUAAAAACCACACACACACACACACACACACACACACACACACACAUAUAUAUAUAUAUAUAUAUGUGUGUGUGUAUGUAUAUAUAUAUGUAUAUACAAAUGUAUAUAUAUAUAUAUAUAUAUAUAUAUAAUAUAUAAUAUAUGUCAAACUAAUCACUAAUCACUCCUUUAAGUUUCAGCUGUUCUUAGUUUUUAAACAAAGUUGGUGAGCUUUCCUCUUUGUUUGCCUAAAGAUCAUCAGCUGAUACCUGAAUUGGCGAGCUGUUGGCUCUCAUUCUUGUUCUGGAGUUUAAUAUUAACAGUUAAAUCUGUAUUUCAGCAUAUUUUUCUGUUUUUAUGGCAGUUUACUGUGUCAGGUCAGUCUGUACUGCCUGCCCAGAGGUUUUCAAAGUAACCAAUGAGAUUUCACCACUAGGUCUUCAUCACCGGUGAUAAUGCUUACAUACACCAGGCUACACCAGGAACAACACAGUCAAUGUGUUAAUAAAAUGUAUCUGUAAUGGGAGGAAUCCCAAUGGGAGGUAUUCUGAAGCAAAACAGAAUCUGCGUUGUGCACUCACAGUUUGUAUUUUUACGAUGUGUUUUCUCAUAAAUUAUUGUUUUCCCAGCUUGUAUAAAUAGAUUCCUACUGUUAUGGUUGUAGGGUAACAAGGUCAGCACUCACACACACGUGUAUGAACACAAGCACUUGUUCACCUCCGCCUUGUCUAAAUUGCUCCCAGGAUUUUCCAGUCUUGAACUGGCUUGUUAAAAAGACCUUGUCAGUCAAAUUUGCGAGCUUCUCGAGUUGUUGUUGGCAUUCCUUUUGUCACCUCAACAGCGAUGCAUGUUACGCAUUUCAAACAUGCAGCCCGACAACAUAACAUGUCUCCACAGAGCACAGAAAAAGCUGUUGUGUGGGAUUGGUGAAAUGCAUUAUCACUACAAGGAAAUGGAAUGAAACUCUUAUGCAAACUAUCAUGAAUAAACAGUAUUACCCAACACAUAAUCACACUGCAAAGAGGUGUUGCUAACCCGGAGAUACUAUAAACAAUUAGAGUAAUUGUACCUUUUCUGUGUAGUUGUUUUUCUGUUCUCAUGUUUUGGUUAGAUAACCAAAAUCACUGAGGUUUAAAUAAAUCUACAAUCUUUAGAUCACAAAAGUUAGGACUGAACAGAUCACAGGGUUCAAGCACACUGAAGUAGAAGUGCAAAACUAUUACAGCAGCCAAAGAAAGACCUAUGAGAGUGACAUAGGUUGUAAAACCUGAAGAAGAAAAGGAAGAGUGCACAUAUCCUGUAAAAUUAAGUGCUGCAGUUCUCUACAGAUUUUAUGGGAGCACUUGAAAAGAAAAAAAACCUGAAAGUUUCCCCUUUGAAAGUUUAACUCGGUAUACUAUCUAUGUGCCCUCUAACCAUGUUGUCUGUAUUUUAUGUUUUCCAGGCCAGGAGGAGGACGGGCGGAAGAUUUUGGUCCUCAGUUACCCCCAGUAUUGUCGCUACCGCUCAGUGUUGGCCCGGCUCAGAGAGCAGCCGUCCUCCCUGCUCAUAGAUCACACAGUGCUGGCGCUGGGCGGCAUCGCUGCAUUGGGAGGAAGCACGAGGAUCCUGUACUGUAGGGACACCUUCGAACAUCCCGCCCUGCUGCAGAACGACAGCAUCUGUGACGAAUUCGGUGAGUGAGGCAGCUGGACGUUUUAUUGUAGAUAUUAUAUUAGCUCAUCUGAAAUGCUAAUAGCCAUUAUAGUGACGGUUUAUGGCAGAUGAGAUGUUGCACGUUGUCCAAUGAAACAUCAAACUCCUCAUGUCCUAAACUCUGAAUGUGAGGAGGCACUUAAAACUCAUUCUCACAGUUUGGUUCAACUCAAACUUUCAAUUAUGUCAUUGUGGUUACCCUGACCAUUUGUUCAAGUCUGCUUUUAGUGGACACUCUUUGGGCCAAGCUAUUUGAUGCCAUUGUGUUAAAUCCCAGAAAAUGCGGGCUACUUGAAUCCAUUUAAAAUGUUAACUUUGCACGGUCUGACCAUCAAACUGCAGACGAAUAAAGGUCAAAGAAGAGGUAGUAGCUGUAUCACUUAGUUCCCGAAUCAAACAGAGUUGCUGACCUAUAAGAAAACACUACCUUAAAACAGCGGCAUUUAAUUAGCUGAGAAAGAAAAAACUGCCUGCUUUCCUGUUUUCGGCACUUCGGGGAAGCAGAUUAUGUCAACCUUACACUCCAAAUUCAGCUCAUAGUUCUCUGUGGUUACGACUGCAUCUGUAAAAAAAAAAGUGAUCUGACAUAAAAAUGAAGAACUGAGGUUGUGGUAUGGAAACAAACACAAAAAAAUAAAAACACCUAACCAGACUUCUGCUGCAAGCUCUUCUCUUGAGGUUGGCAGCUGAAGCUACACUAGCUGCUUCCUGCAAAACACUCCCAUACUCAGUCCAAACUUUUAGCUAUUAAAUUACUUUUGCAGCACUGUGGGCAGACAUUAGACAAAGAACAAGAAUAUGUUUAAUGAAAUAAGACAACUGCUCUGAUUCUGCAGCUUUGAUCGCCAUUUUUCUUUCUGUAUUUAGCCACAACUAGCUGUGAAUAUAACUCAAUGAACUGAAUGUUCUAGACAUGUAUGUAAGAAAUGACUCAUGUUGAACAGGUAGUUAGGAAAUUUAGAAUUACAACAGGGUGAUAUUAGACCUCAACACAUUCACUAUGCGUUAUCACACUCAUUACCAGUCUACUGGCUAAAAUAUUGACAUGACGUGUUAGUUUUAUAGAUUUUAAAAAGAAAAUAUCUGUUUGUCUCUGACGUUUCUCUUGCUGUGCAGUUAAUAUUCAGAUGCAAUUGUUUAAACUGCCUUUCUACUUAUCAAAAGUGAUAGACACCAGAAAAAGGAGUUAUCAUGUAAGUCUCAAUAUUCAUUUUACUAUUGCUUGGCUUUUUUUGCUGACUGUGAUUAGUCAUUUGAGUCAAAACCCCUUGAUAUCCCAUUGACAAUGAUUCCACAAACCAAUCCCCAAACAAUUUCACCUAUUCGCAUCCAGUUCAAGCCCAAGUGUAGAACUCCGUAUUUGCGACAUAAUCCAUGUUUAUAGAAAUAUAGUCUGUCGGCUUCAAAUGAAAGACAUAUGCAGAUAAAAGAGACGCAGGAAAAGAGCAUUAGAAAGAGAAAUGAGAAUUUUACACAUUUGUUGUAAGUUAUAAUGAGUAAAUCUUUGUGACUUAUUCCCUUGCUGUGAUUUGAAUUUGGCUGGAAAUCAUCAGCUUAUGAGCUGCGAGCUCAUUUCACCCAUAACUCCUUUGUUUCUGUCAUUACAAUGCCUUAUUUGAGGUUUAAUUCCCUCAAUUCAAUAAAAGCUGUUUAAACUAUAUAUCCUCUUUUCGAGUUACAAAGUUGAUUUUGAUGAAAAGACUUUAGCGCAGUGUUCAGUGUGGAUUAUUCUUUGAUUUUUAACAGGCUGGUCGUGUUUUUUUAUCUUCACCUCAGUUCUUUUGACCUCAUAGGUCUCUCUGUACACAACAAGUGACCUCCAUUCAAACGCUCUCACCAGUCACUCCUAUGAAAAGCAUUCUGUGGUUCCAGUGAGGAAUUUUGAAGUGCUGAAACAUGUCUAUUUGCCAUUCACUGUGCUUUCCCUGUCUGCUCAUGAAUCCACACAUUUUAUUAACCCCGAGCUGGGCUAAAACAAAGGAAUAAUGUGAUUCAUCUCUCUUUAUAUUUCCUCUGCUCGGUUUGCACAGUGGAGCUCAGUGGGCUCUUGUGCAGCAUCAAUUUGACAUUCACAGUUACGGCUCCUCUGGUCAAAAGUCAUUGUUUUUCUUUUCCUGUAAAUUUGCCAGCAGGUAAUUGCAUUUUUAAGAGUGCGGCAGAGGUGAGACCAGAAGGGAAAACGGUUUUAGGCAUAGGAAAAUAAGUUAUGAAUAGUAACGCUAACAUCCUGUGGCUGCUGUUGCUCAUUCGCUUGGCUCAAUAAUGCCAUUCCUCUGUGAGCCACAUUUAAGCUAAAGGUUUAUUUUCAAAGCCUAAGGGAGCUCUACUUUUUUAUUUUUUGACUAACGCAACCAGAUUUCUUAAGUUAUUCACAUGAAGGUUUUACUAGGUUUGAAGCUGGUUUUUAUUUCUGCUUCAAUUGCUGCUAGGAGACUUGUUUGUGAUUUGUUUCAAAACAGCAGAGCUAAGUAAUUUCCAUUUCUCUGCCAAGUGAACUGAAGCCUCAGGGGCGUCUUACUUAUAGGCACAAACACGCAUGAACGUGCGCACAUUUUCACCUAGAAUCACACACAAGUGCUGAGUAAAGUUCUCCUGCCAUUUACAGGCUCAGUAUCAAAAAAAGCAGCAAUAAAAGCCAUAUUAAAUCCACCUUUAUUAGGAUAAAUACCAGCGCUGUGGACACGUUAGGAGGAAAUACUGUGCAGCUGAGAAAUAUUAAAAAGUUAAAAAUUGAUCUGGGGAGCAGUUUUAGGACUUUCUUCUUUGCUUCUCUUAAUGCUAAUUCUGACCUUUUAUAUUCAGCCAAAUCUGCUGUGGCAGCUCUAAUAGCCGUCCGUCUUGUCUCAGCUAAUUCAUGAAAGUGUGUCAGGCUACCUAAGGGAGCAGGAGAGGAGAGGCCCUCAGGAAAAAAAAAAAAAAAAAGAAGUGCUAUUGCAGAUUUGCAGCAAGCCUGUUGGUUCAGUGUUUUAUGAAAUGUAGCCAUCAGAUAAAAAGCUUUGUGUGGAAAUACUCUAUAGUCUGUUCUUGGAGACCUUACCACAUCUUCAAAUCCUCUCUUCAAUGUAUUUAAAGGACAUGAAUAUGCAUAGAUUUAUUAUGUAAUCAAAAGCAUAUGUUUCUUUUUCGACUUACAUUUGGGUUGAUCUGUAAUUUUUAAGGUGAGUGAUGGACAAGCAGCAUCCUCCUGCUGCUCCUGUGUACACCAUCACUUUGAUAUCUCCAAUAUUUGCUCUGACUUCUCACAGUGAUGUAAGGCCAUCUUUGCUCUGAUACGGACAGUUGUCUGAGCUCUAUCUAACUCACUCUAUUUUCCUUUUUUUUUUCUUCUCCUUUCACAUCACCAGCCUUGCCUUUGAAACCAGCGUGAGCGAAAACUGCAGUUGCGUCAGAUCGCAGAUCUUUUAGUCCUGUGAUCCAUAUUUAUGUUCAGCAUUGCCUGUCACCCCUGCAGCUGCUUUCCUCACGGGGAAUGACACAGUUUUUGUUUAUAAUUAUCAUGCACUCUGCCAGCAUGGAUUGAUUAUACCCAUCGCUACUUUGUGUCCCCAAUUUAAUUUUCUUGCCAGGAGGAAAGUAAUAUCAGCACCAUGACAGAAAAAAAGAAAAAUUAGUAGGGCUGAAGACACAUAAUCCUUACAGUACUUAUUACCUCGCACUCCGAGUUAAAAAAACAAGCUCUUAUAUAAAUUAAAGGAUAAAACGGGUCUUACUCAUUGUACUGGAAUAAUAUUGGCGUAACUGCCAGCUCCUCUGUGGUGAGAAAAAUCCAGGAAUAGUUUGAGUGGGCCCGGCCUUUGUAGCACUAAACGACAGACGACAAGGUUGAAGGUUUUGUUAGAAGCUGUCACUGUGUUUAGUAUUACUCACAUCGAUUUGGCACUAAUUCUCUAUGCGCAGUAAAGCAACAACAUAAACAUUUGUAAGCUGAGCCAGAGAGAUAUUUCAUGAUUUAACAGCAAAGAACAACUCAGCGGUCGCACACAUUUGGGCGUCUGUUAAGGAAAAUAUUAUGACCAACAUUUUUCUCAUUUCUCUGAUUUUUAAAGUUAUGCUGACCUUCCUCUCCUCCCGUCUUUAGAAACCUAACCCUCCUUGUGUGCACACUGCUUAAAUCAACAGCAUUUUGAGAGUUAGUGAGGCAAUCAUGUUUGAGGCAAAGCAGUUCAGAGCAGCUGCCCCCCCUUUUUCCUCCCCUUUUUUUGCUCUUUCUUUUCUGUGCUAUAUAUUCCCAGGUCUCUCUCCUUGGCACAGAAACUAUAUAUUUCAUGCUUGGCUCAGUGUGUUUUGUUUGAAAUAUCUCUCACUCAGUGCUGGUUUGAUUUUUAUUAAAAAGAAACAUUUCGAGAGCAAUCCUUUGGAAUCCCUUUUCUGUAAUCCCCUAAGGGUGGGAGGAGUAUAAAAAAACUAUUUAUUGCUUCAAUAUAUUAAAAUCGUCCAGAUGCACUGAUCAUAAACAGAAUAUUUUCAGUCUAUUUUUGAUCUUUGUUGCGUGUGUGCUACUUUUUGUACAUCUGUGGCUGACUUUCGGUCAUGCUUGGUGUGUAUUUAUGAGGGUGUUUCUGCCUGUCUGAGUUAGUUGCAUCUGUGUUUGUCAGAAAAGAGAAAUUUCCUGUUUGGUCUUUAUUUCUCUCGAAACUGAUUCUGAAACAAACUGAAUUAAAGAGGGACAGCUGAGGAGAAUGAAAAUGAAAAGCAUGCUAACAGCGAGAUAACAUCUUUAAAAACAUUCAGUCCCUGUUAGCUUGAUUGGGCUGGGUCGCCGUACUGAACAUACAGUAUGAUGUCAUUGUUUCCACAACUUGAACCACUUUCUCACUCGCUCUUUAAACAUGAAAUCAGAUUAGAUGAAAUAUGCAUACGGCGAUACUGUCCCAUGACAGCCCCGUCUGUUAAUGUAAUAGGCAAACUGCUUGCUAAGCUCAUGUUUUCCCAUCUCUUCUGCAGAUUUGUGUUAACCACCGGCCCAUGAAUUUUUCAUCGUCCAUAUGUCAUGGUGUACAGAGGCCGUAGAGGAGAAAUUUAGAGGAGAAAAGAGGAGUUGUUGUUGCUCUAUAUUCUGAUUUCAUAAUCAGGACAUGAACUGUAUACAACAACAACAACUGAACAUCUGGUGAAGGCCACUCAUGUCCUUAUAUAUCUCUUCAGUUUUACAGGAAAUGAAAGAUACAAAUUCUCACAAUAAUGCCAUUUUAUAUAACUAAUAGGCUGUGCUUUACAGAACACAGUGUGUCUUAUCAUUGCUCUGUUACACAUAACACUUUAACUAAAAGUACUUUCUUGUACAAGCAUCAGCAGCCCCAGCUCGACCUCUGGGCUGAGUAAAACACAAUCUUCCUGAUUAUCCCUAUUAUGUCAUCGGUUAUACAGCAGCUCUUCUCAUAUUACUUUGCAUUGCUGCCUGUCUAUUUUAAGACAAGCACACAGAGAUUAAUACAGUAAGCAUCUGGCUUUCGAGAGACUUUUCAAAGCUCUGUACCUGGUACAGGUACAACUUAAUUCAAAGGAUGAUAACAUGACGUGUCCCUCACACUUCCUUAAAUGCUAUUUUUUGCAACAGCCUGUUUCAGUUUUAUUUCCCCAUUUAAAUCUUUCAUAUAAGAAUAGGGAUUUUGAGAGUUUCUUUCCUGCUCUCAAUGCGAUGUGUUUAUAAGACCAGUGAGCAGGGGUGAGGAGAGUACAGACAUAUUUUAGCCAAGUAAAAACGUAAAUACACUUUAGCUAAGUGGAGGGAAAAACCUGAUGAUCUACCCAAGUAAAAGUCAAAAGUGCUUUAUUUGAAAUGUAUGAACACGGACCUUUAAGUCAGGGCUGGCUGUAGAGAGGAUUGAUAUUAUUUUAACUACUAUUAUUUCUUUUUUUUUGGCUAUGACGAGCAAAAAAUAAAAGAUUGAGUUGGCUGUAAUGAGUAAAAAUGGCUGCAUUUGGGUCAAGCAAAAUGUUAUUGAUGUAAUACUGUUUUCAAAGGACUUUUCAAGACAAGUUGACUGAAAACAUGUUGAAACAUGAUUUAUAUUUGGACGUAGUGGGUCAGUGUUUCUUAACUUAAAGGUAAUCACAUUUUUGUUUACUUGAAUUGAGACAAAUUUUCUUGGUGAUACUUGAAAUUUUCACAGUGUAGACAUCAUCCUGUCAGCUGACUGUCAGGCAGUUGAUAGGGAGCAUAAAUGUUGUUUUAUUAAGCAUUUUUAUGGUUUCUCAAAGGAUUUAAAAAGUACUAAAAAGUACAAGUACAUAGAAAAGCAACUCAUUAACAACAUGUGAGUAGAUGUUAUUGAGAUGCAGGAACCAUUGGAAUCAGUAUCACCCUAUUCUGAGUGAUAGUUUCUUUCUGUUGACACAUUGUAGGUCAGACUUCAAACCAACAAACAUAACCACCAAAGAGUUUCUUUUCGACUCCUGCUGUAGCCAAACCAUGUUCAUAUGGGCUACAGGUGCUUUAUUGUUGACUGUAAGCAAACCAUUUUCAGUUCCUAACACAGUGAGAUGCCUUUAAUGUGGAAAAUGAAUCUAAAAAUACAAGACAUAAAAGUUAUAUGGUGCGUUCAGCUCCUUGGAAAGGCACAAAUAGUAACUUAUCACAUGAUAGGCCUGGAGGUAAAAAGAUGAACUAAGAUAAGUAUUUUUUUGUCGUGACAUUAAAAACUUAACCCAAAGUACAUGCUGUUAAUUUCUGUUCUCUUCAGCUGACUGGGCCAGUGUGUGACCUCUUUUGUUUUAAUAUCUCAUUAAUAAUGUGUCAAGUCGAAGGAUCAGUGCAGGUUAACUUGGUUUUAAAUCAAUCAUGGUUGUACUACAUUUACAUUUUAGAAAGAUGAAGUGAUUUUCAACACACAGACACUCGUAUUUCAAAAAAUCCCCGAAUGUGAUCUGUGAUUCACCUCCUGAAUGUCCCUAUAAUAAAAAUUACAGAACGGCAUGUUUCAACCUGGAGUGAGCACGUCUGACUCACCAGUGUAACUGUAGAAUCUGUGUACAGAGACAGCUCAGCCCUCUGCAGCCGGGUUUCUCAGGUUUAAGUGGCGAGCAUCUUUUCUCUUGUCUGCAGGUAGAGGCUUGUUGUCGCAGGUUGUUGUUUUUGACAAGAGCUUGUGUAACGUAAGUGACGUCAAAUACCUCGUUUUUUUUUUUUUUCCCACCGCCGACAUAUGAAAGAAGCAAAGUGAGGAUUAUACUGUACCUCAUGACUUUGAUUGAUGUUUCCAUUUUUUUUUCCCCCCAAAAUGACGCAGAUGUUUCUCAGAAAAAAAGGACAGGUAACAGCGCUGGCAACUGCUUGAGUCAUUUGUUUGAUAAACUUUAAAUAUUUAAUGGGAGAUGUAUACUUCUUAAAACUGCUGAAACAUCGCUAAUCAUUUCAUUUUUAAAGAAGAAAAAUGGAUAUAGAGAUGGAACUAUCCAUUGGCCUGUUUUGUCCUGGGAAUGCUGAUUAUUUAUAAUCACCAUGGCUUAUUGCUUUGUAGCUUUUCAAAAUGAUAAAGUCCCCCUGAUUGGGCUCAUUGGUCCACUCAAUCCCAUCAAGUGUAACUAGAGCGUGAUCUAUUAGAAUACAUAUGUUUUAUUGAUGUUUGGGCUUCUUGUUUAUCCUGGCAUUCAUUUAUUUAUAGGUCGAUGCUGUGAUUUUUUUUUUCCUCCAGUAAUGAAUAGGAUAAGCCUUGAAGCUUAUCCACUGCUCCCUUUCAUCUCUUCCUCCCUCCCUCCUCUCCUCUCCUCUCCUUACCCUCUCUCUCUCUCUCUCUCCCUCCGAAAGCCAAAUUGAAAUACUGUAUUUUUAAAGCCGCCGUCCUACCGAGUUAUUGCUGCAGUCUGUCAGUAUCAAUGAUGCGGAAGCGUUUGAAGGUUAUCCCGUUUUUAGUAAAUCCUCCACAUUAUGUAACUUUGACUCUGUUUUACAUUUGGCACUCUUGGAAAAAUAAAACAGGGUGUGUAUUGAGGACAGUCCCCUUUGUGCUCCCUGCUCUUAACAUUGGGGUUUAUUUUUCAGUUUCCUCCUCUUGGAACAAUAGCCUUAAGAGUUACUUCCCAACAGCUGAAGUGACACGCCGACUUGAUAGUUACAGCUCGCAUUGUGUUCCAAUGAAUUAGUUUCAUUGUCUCUUGACAGCAAAGCAGUGUAGCUAGUUUUUACAGAUUGAGUAUUGUGGUUUUUUGACUUUAAGCCAAUACUGUAGAGUGUUUUCGUCUUGUUAUAAUUACAUGGUGUGGGUGUGUGUGCUUGAGUGAGUAUGUGUGUGUGUUGUGCCAAAUACUUGGUGAUAUUAUUAAGUCCCUCAGAGGUCAGAGGUCAUUGCAUUCCUCAGCGUGUGUGUCAGUCAGUGGAUCUGGGCUGAGAUUAAACCCAACCAUGUCUUGAAUGUGAUGUGUGCUAAUAAGUGCUUAACAGGUGACGCUACCAUCAUGAGGCAAUCACAUGAGGCAGACAGACAGACAGAAGGAAAGAAAGAAAGAAAGAGAGAAAGAAAGAGAAGGAGAGAGGAAAGAAAGAGAUGAAAAAGGACACAGGAAGAGGAAGGAUCCCUUCCCUAUAACUGCAGCUUAUUUUCACUCUAAAUUGAGUACGUGAAAUGUCUCUUGUAAAACAUGUAGCGCUGUGACUUCGUACCAUAAUUUUCUAUUUACUGUGCAAAUGGAAAGCUCAAGCCGACAGUGUUUUUUUUUUUUUUUUUUUUUUUCUGUCAAAUUAUUUUUAUGAGUUUGCGCGGUGGCAGAGUACACACAUUCACACCCCUGUAGAAACACACACCCUGAUGAAUCCGAUGAGAAUGAUUUCAUAAUCCGUCGCAAUAAUAAACUUCUUUGAACAGUUUAAUUGGCUCUUCCUGGAACGGCACGGCUUCGCUUCAUUUGAUCUGAUGAAAGAGUAAUGUUGCUUCUCCCCAGGGGGAGCAUGCACAACAGCGCACAAAUAAUGAAUUAAGAGCACUACCCUUUUUUUUUUUUUAAACGACUGCAAUAAUAAAGCAGGAAAAUUUACAUCGCUGUGACGCCACCUCCCCCUUAUAAUUUGCUUUUUAUGUUUACUUUGUUAUACAUUCAAUUUUGUGAAAGUGAGAAUAAUCCAAAUUCCUGGAAGUGUAAUGAACUGAGGUCACAUGGAAAUUGAUUGUCAUUUGAAAGCGGCAUUGUAGCUGGAAGUCUUCCAGAAACAUUCCUCAUGUGUGAAUCUGUGAAAAGUCACACUUACUAUACACUCCUCUGAAAAUACUAACACUUUAAAUAGAGACUGUAUUACAAGAAAUGAAAUUAGAUUUCAAGGCUCUUUGGUGUACGCUAUGCAGAAAAGAGAAAAGGAAAUAUGUAAAACUGAAUCUGACAAAUUCAUGAUGGUUUGGGAGGAAGUCUUCGUCUCUGAGCUGAGGAGUUAUGAGCAGUGACAGUCUGAAUGGAGAGUCUGUGUACAGCAAGAGUAUGGUCACAGAAAUGAGCUCAUUACUAACAUACAUUAUGUAUGAGCACAUACACAGAUCUAUAUGUCGCAUUGAUCUUUACAGUGCUGCAGUUUUCCAUUUAUGUUUCUAUCUGCUAAUUGUAACAUGCCUGAUGCUGAAGGCAAGGAAAUGAGUGAAAACCUUCAACCCUUAGUCUUAAAUUUUUCUCAAUUUUACCUCUCCAAAAUCUUUUUUCUUUCUAUGGCUUGGCAGGAAUUCCUCAACACACUCUCACACAAACGUUUUAGCACCCCUCAUGGCUCCAACAACUACGAUUUAUACAACAUUAUAAGUGUGAGGUAAAAAUAAAGGAGCAUAUUUUUAAUGUCCCGGUAAACACACUCUUGCCGGUAUGUGGGCCUGUCUCCAUGGCAACGCUAGUCAGAGUGUGCCAGGCCUUGCGUUUUGACAGCUCCUCCUGAUGAUGAUUGAUAAUUACUACCUGACUUGUUGUCCUCGUCUUCACAAACAUAUGGCAGGAGUUGCCCUCCGCCGUAUAUCUGCCAAAAUGUCCCCUUUUCUGAUAAUAGCUUUUUAAUGUAGCAUUUUGUUGUGCGUGCACAGCAAUCAAACACCCCCCCAACGCACACACGCACACAUAUAUACGCACACACAACCCUCCCCAACCCCACCCUUUUGUAAUUACAUUUGCUGCCGCUCGCAUAAUUAUUACAGAAAGGGAAGAGAAAUAGAUAGGAAAGGCAGGAGAGUGGGAGAAAGUGAAAAAGAGGUGGAGGACGGGGUGGGGUGGGGGUGUUGAAUUGAUUUCACUUUGAGUUGAUGUGUUCCUCCCUGUGCUGCUGAAUUUAAAUUUGACAAAUUGUCAGGAUCAACACAAAGAAGCUGCAUUUUUUUACAGCAUAGUCACAUAUUAGAAUAUAAACUCCGGAUAAUAGUUUGUGUGGUGGGCUGCCGCUCUAAAUGGCGAGUGAGACUCUUUAUACCGUAUCCGUGAACGCACUAUUUGAUAAUGCAGCCUGUUUGCGUGCAUAUUAAACUCAUAUUUAGACCAGAUUGGAAGCAAUCUUGUUAUAUUCAGCAAGGACAUCGGUCUGUAAACAUGAUUUAUCUACUGCACACCAUCAACCAAGGCAUUAGCAUGGAUCCUCUAUUGAAACCUCGCACCUGACCAGCAUUUUAAAGCUCAAAUAUGAAAGAUUUCCUCUUAUACUCAACUUUUCUCUUCGCAAAAGCAACAAAAAGUGCUAUUUUAGUUGAGGUUACAUACAAAAGAAGGACAUAACCCCUGUUUCUCUUAAUUUCCAGCUUAAGUAGCCGCCUCUCAGAGUGAUUUAUAUUCAUGUUUAUAUUUGUCUUUCAUUUAUUCAAACAGUUUAUUGGCCUGAAUGACCUCCGCUUCCAGGAACAGGAACAUUAUCAGCAACACUCUCUCUCUCAUUAUGUCUCGGCUUCCGCUAGCUAAAUCAAAUGAACUUAUUAGCCUCAAAGUACCUGAUUUUACAUGUCUGUGGUUCCAGAUGGCUUGAACAGCUACCUCACCUUUAUCCCACUGUGGUUCAUUUAAUGUGUGGCACACCUGCAGAAGGCAAAGAGCCUGGCGCACCAUAGAAACCGAAGUCAUUUUUAAUACUGUGUGAUUGAGGUCUGCCACAGGCUACGGCAACAGACAGGCUCUGUGAAGGAGAUAAUGAUGCAUGCACACACAGCUGUCAGUCAGCCGGCUAAAGGGAAUCGUCUUUGAGGAAAAUAAAAACAGACUGUAGCCGAUAUAAUGCAGUAUUUGUAUAGGAAAUGAUGGGUUUGGGAAAUAGAGUGGAACGAGUUGUCAGAGCUGUUGCAACAAGGAGAAAAGAUCUGGUGAGAAUAUCCCCAGACCAGAAAAUCUCGCAUGGAUUGCUGUCCUCGCAGUGAGAAUGUAUUCAUAUAAUCACACCGAACAAAGGCAGAGGUUUCAAAUAGAGAGAGGGGUUUUGAUUAAAGGACGAGCCCAACCAAAGUACUGAAAAUGUGUUUUUUCUUCCCCGCUACAGCAGCGAAUCCAACCAAGCAGAUACAUUGAGUUUAAUUUAUUUGGGGGGUUUAACUCCACCUAAAGACAAUGGUGGUAAAUGAGAAUUAGGUUUGCUGCCCACAUUACUGAAAGAAAUGAUUUAGACCAUUAUAUCUUCAGGCAGUGAUUACCAAAGUGUGGGCUGUGAAGAUUCCACAGGUGGUGGACUGACAGAGGUGACUUCUGCAUGAGUAUGAGUCCUGUUUCUUGCGUUAUUUUGUUGCUGAACAGAUUGCUAGAUGUGUCUGAAUCAGUACAUUUUUGUGUAGCAUUGUAAAGUCUGCUUUCAAAUUGAAGUUUUCAGUUUCUGAAAUGACUGAAAAUACUUUGUUUCAGUCCUGGGUGUUUAUCAGAGUUUUGUGAAUGAAGGUCUGCUGUUUUGAAAUUGGUUUUUGGUUUUGAGGACAGGCUGUCUAAGAGGUUUGUCCAACUCAACAAUAACCCACACCAUUUUUGCGUCUUUUAGUGCGUCGUUUUGAUUUUAUGACUCACAAUUUUUCUAUGUCCCUUCAGUGUCCUGGCUUUUAUCAGACUUUUCUCCAAUCCCAGGAAGUAUUUGUUUUCAGUCAGUAACCUCAGGUCAAUUCCACAGAACAACCUCUUAUACAUAUGUAUUACAUUUCUUUUUAUAACUUCCUAGAAGUUUUCAGGAGCUCCACCUCUAAAAAAGUCCAACUUGACUUGUUCACACAUGUCCCUUACCUGUGAGGAUGCUAGUGGUUGUGGUGGUUUAGGGGGAAUGUCCCAGAAAGCAGGACAUGACGUCAAAAACAAGCUGUGAAAACCAAGGUGCGAUGAGUGCAACAAGACAGCAGAUAGAGUAACAGAGACCAAAGCUACAAUUACAGUUUUCCCCAUUUAUAUCAGCGGUGCUUUUCUGCACGUGUAAACACAAGCGUAUGCUCCCUGUUCAAGUUCAUCCAAAGUGCAGCUUGCUCGAGAACAAAGUGGAGCGUUUAUCAUUAAAAGAGCCUGGUAUAUGGUGGCCAAAACAGAAUUAUAAGAGGAGUCAACAUGUCUGUUUUCUGGUGAAAAAAAAAUACUUUUUCCAGGAAUAACAUCCCCUACAACUCAUUCUAAAAGUGAUUGUAUUUCAGUGAAAAAUAAAUUCAUGUAAUGUGAUUUUUCAUGCUGCGAGCACCACAAGUACAGUCUGAUGUACUUUCACUGCACUGGAGAAGACAGAAGACAGACUCUCAGACGGAUAUCUGUAACCACACAAAAGAAGUUCUGACAAAUGAACAGCAAUACCACAUUAAAUACAUAGUGUUCUGUAAUAUCUGUUGCCAAAAAAAGAAAAGAGGAAGAGUAAGAAAUAAAAAGACUGUUUGUAAGAAGCUGUUGAGGACCUGCGGAUGAGUCGCUGCACCUAAGGGACUUUUGUUGUUAGAGCUCUUUAGUAACAAACCGGACUAAUCCCUUCCUUUGACUCAUGCACAUGCUCUAAUAAUCUUGUAUUACACAGAUAUUCUGCGUGUAUAGUCAGAACAAGAGCUCCUGAUACAGGUGCUAUAUCCAAACACACCACUGUUCACUGACUCUGAAACAUUUAAAUGAUCUCUCUCGCUGCUCGUUGGUGUUUACUGCUUUUUUCUCUCCAUCUGUCUCUCUCUCUCUCUCUCUCUCUGUGUCUGUGACUGUGCUCUCCCUCUGUUUAUUGGAAGGUGAGGUUGUUGUUGUUGAGGGCUCGGCAAAACUUGGCUGUGUUUGUGUAAUAACACUAACUAGUAUCCAUUGUCAUGCCUCAGAAACAGCCAAAUACAUUCCUCAUUAAAUUCAGAACCACUCGUAGCCACCGCAGUGUAAAAAUAUCUUUUUUUAUGUUGCAUUCAGGGGCGAAAAAACAGGCAAGAAAAUAACAGCAGUGAUGAAAAUAUUCCCGCAUUAUUGAUGUUAAACCCCCCUGAGGUUGACCCAAUAUGAAACAGUGUACUCUCGCAUUCGGCUGUGAAAUGUUUUCCACUUUAUCAAUGAUAAUCUCCCUCUGUAUAAUUAUGAGAAAUUAAUUAACACUUGUAUCAUCUAUCAACCUGCUGAGGGUUUGAUGAUUAAUAAAACAGUGUAUUCUGUCCACCCACACACUUUGUCUCACUCUGUGGGCACGUUGUGUAAUUUUUUUCUUUUUUUUUUUUGAUGAUGAUUGCAGUGAUAGAGAUGCUUGAAGUAUUACUGUUCAUUAAAUUUUUUUGUGCUGUCAGUGUGUGUCUCAAAUGAAACGUGCCUGAAGCGUAGGAACAGAGGAAUAACUCUGCUGUCAGAUGUGGCAAAGUGAGAAUUAUGAGCACGUCAGAAAUGUCUGAUAUGAGAACGUGAAAUGCGACGGUGACUACAGUCAGCAGCAAAGUGAUAGAGGGAAGGGGGGGGCGGAGGUGCUCAGUAGUUACUGCUUUAUAUGUGGCAAAUCAAAAAAGAAAGCUACUCAACUCCAGACAUUUAUAUUUAGGGUGUUCAGUAGAGUUUGUGUUACCCUCCAAAGCUAAUUAAGAGCUUCUUUCUGUUGUUGUUUGGGCAUGUAAUAAAUCCCACUUUUACAUGAAUUGUAUUCACCCUUUUUGCAUAAAGUCAGACACUCACCUGAGUUUAACAAAUAUCUCUUUUCAGUCGUGGAGUAAAACAGUGACAAUCUUUGAUGUUGUGAAAGUGAAAAAUCAGUUAUUGUAAUCAGAGCCCAAGCCUCAAUGGGGCCCUAAGCAAAAUUUGAUUUUGGGGCCCUUUAUUUCUGCCAAUAAUAUUGAUUGUUGAUCAUUCACACACCUUCAGAAAUCUCUUUAACAUUCCAUGAUAUGCAAACAUAACUUUAUCUUGGCGUUUUUUCUUCCUCUUUCUUCUUCUUUCUUUCACAUAACGGUAGCAGAGCUUUGACAUAUUGGCGGUAAAAGUCAUAGGCGUACAUCAGCAGCAGCACUAAAAUAUUUUUAUUUUAUUUUAUUUUUACAAUAAUAUAUAUUUGAUCAUACAGAAAGCAUCACUUAUACAUGCAAAAAAUAAAAAUUAUUUUUAAAAAAAAAUAUUUUUUUGAUUGCUCUUGGGAGCCCCCUAUUGGCCAUGGGGCCCUGAGCAGGCGCUUUGUUCGCUUUUGCCUUGGGCCGACUCUGAUUGUGGUUGCAGGUGCUAUAACAAAGUUUGCAUUGAAAGGAUAACACCAUGCACUGAUUAGAUUUCCCUUUCAAAUAGUCGUAUCUUAUUGUUGCUUUAUAUUGUAUCUUAUUGUAUAGUGCUCUAUGGCAUGGUGUUGUACGUAUUCAUUCGUAUUUAAGCUGUAUCAAGUCCAAUCCUAUCCUGUUCUGUCAUAAAUACCAAUUAUGUUAUGAAUGCCGACUUGAAAACACCAUGGCCAUGAGAACUUUUAACAUAACGUACUGUAGUGCAUUUUUUAGCUGCCAGAUAUGAUUCAUUCUGGCAGUUAUCAUCUAGCUGCCUCUAUCGAAUUCCAGCGACAUUGAACAAUGAAGUGAAGUGAGACUGCUGCUGUCAAGGAUACAAGUAGUGUUGUGAACACAGCACACAUGUACUAGCAUGACAGUAUGAGUGUCAGAAUGUGUCAACAAAGAUAAGAGAUUUGGGUUUAUGGUUAUAGUUCUGAUAUUUUUACACUGAGGUAAGAUAAAGAGUCUGAAAUGCAGUAAGACACUGAGUUUAGAAAUCACUUCUGUAACGGGAAGAUAAGACUUUCCGUAUCUUUCAAACUAAGACAAGACAAUACAGGUUGUUGCUUUUCUUUUUCCUGUAAUUUGACCCUGACUAAGACUCACUUUAACACAAACCAAGUCUUAUGAUAGAGCACCCACAAUUUAUAAAAGCAACAGGAAAUGCUGAUAAGUAACCAUAUCAGCAGUAUUCAUAACACAUUACCCCCUGGAUCAAGGAUUUAUUUAACAGCAACAUGUUGCCUUCAGGAAAGUUUGUAAAGCACCAUUAAAGCCUUUCCAAGAGGGGAGUUUUUCUCAAGUUGGUGGCGUGUGGAGCUCUUUUGAUGCUUAACCACACUGUGUGCAUGUAUGAUUACUAGCUACUUUUGUUCCCUGCUUUUGCUGACACAUAACUGCAAGGCGGUGUGUGUUUUUCACCUAACAGGCCUCCUGAGACAAAAAAGAGUGGACUUGCUAGUGAAAAGACAGCUCUUAUAAUGUCCUACGUCCACAGUGAACCGUGUCAACAGUAAUGAAAGUUUCAUAUACUUAACUAAGGAGUAAGACAUGGGAAUCUAUGAUUGAAAACUAUGAUUUAUGUGAAUUAAAGUGAAAUUGAAGAUGAGUUUGAGUGCCUUGAAAGGUUCGGCUGGUUCACAUUGUUUCCAAAGUGGCAAGGACAAAGUUAUUAUGACUCAGAGCAGUCACAACAAUGAAAAAAGACCAGAAUCGUCCUUUAUUAUUCCAGGGAUAAUAACACAAGACAACUUUGAUUUUUUUAUAAUUUGUUUCUUUUUACAAGUAGGUCCCUGAAACUGAAACAAUUAAAGAAAUUAAAGAUAAUUUAAUUUUGCUACCCAGUGGAAUAACUUUCUUUUUAAACAAGUUAAAUGUUAUGUGUCGGCAAAGGGCAAAUACUCCUUCAUACUUCAUUUUCUAGCAAGCAAACAACUUAAUAAGACAAACUAAUUAUAUGCUAGCACUGAUACUUUUUCUGAAGUUUUUCUGAUUCGAUUUAUUAUGCUGUACAAAACAACCUUUGAUCACAGCAGCUGGUAGCAUCUCUCAUGAAAAGAUAAUAGAUAACCAACAAAAUAAUCAGUUGAUAAAAAAAAAAAACAUGAUCUUGAACAUUUUUCUUUAUAGAAGAGAAACUUCUUGAGGCUGUGGUCAGAAACGAGCAGUCCUUGAGCAGGAAUGCUUCAAAUCUCACUGACCCCUGGGCUCUCUGAUGUAUAGUGAAGACACGCCGUCGCCUGUCACCACCGGCGGAGACAUCAGUCACUGCUGCCUUUUUUUUGUAUUCUCUGUGGUGUGGCUGCUGCCUUGCUGCUCUGUAGCCUCCCUUGUCACAUCCCUGUGCCUCCAGUGGAGUUAAAAUGUUCCACCAAAGUGUAAUAUCACCUCAGUGAUCGUACGUUUAAGACUCUGCUGCUCACAGGAUUAAAGUUUGUCUCUCAUGAGUUGCAUCACAGUAUAUUACUUGUCAGGUUUUAUUCAGUGUGUUGGUUAUGUUUUACUCACAAAUGCAGUCGUUAUUUAUAUUCAGUUUCAAUUUUAGUUGAAUUCGUCCUUAUUUGAGUAACAAAAAUCUGUUCUCUCUUUUCCAUCUAGGGAGUUCCUUUUUUCAGUUGCAGAACUGCUUUAUUAUCGAUAUCUUUUUUCUGUUUUUGUCUACAUAAAAGCAUCUGCCCCGUGCUUUCACUGCUUGAAUAAUGUCUGUCAUGGUGCCAUAUGCUUUAUGAGUGGUUGUAAAUUUCCAACGUACCGCUGUAACUCUGUAUGCCCGACCUCAACGACCCCCUUUGUCUGUGUGUGGGCGUGUUCACAGGUAGAGUUUCGUUUUGAUUCUCACCUGUGUGGAUAUUUAUCUCUCCUGAAGCGGCGGUCUUUGUGUCCGGUGCUCGCGGGCUGUUUUUCUCCGUGUUUGGUUAAAAAUCCUUUAACCGCUCUGCCCUUUUAUCGUGUAACUCAUUAAGGAAUGACUUCAAAUUGACUGAGUGGAUCUCGGGGAGAAUUCACAUCGAUUAGAAUAAAGAAACUACUCCUCAGUGUCUGUCUGCUACUGAAUUGUUUUAAAUGGUUCCUGUUGACUUUCUCUGAAGUUAAAGUUUGUGUUGCAGCAUUUAAUUUUACAUCUUAUUACGAUGGCCUUUUGGCUUGGCUCUCUCACACAUACAUCCUUAAUCUUGGUGAGAAGUAUGUUUUAAUAAAAAGUGAUUCAUGAUUGCAUAAUUUAGCUGUUAUAAAUUGUACUCUGUUGUUCUCUGGAGGACAUUGUGUACUGUACAAGCACAGCUUUGUAUUGCAACAUGAAUAUUACCUCUGGCUGUGAACUCUGAUAAUUGCAGAGUGGGUGUCAGGUCUUUUAGUGAAUUUGCAAUCAAGUGAGACAACAAACUAUGUCAAAACAUGUUUUUCACCGAGCCUCAGCUUGUUCCAGUCAUGCCUCACUCACCCUCUUCCUCCUCCUCCUCCUCCUUCACCUCUUUGUUUGAACUUGGACCUCAUUACGCUGAGAGGAAGUGGAAGUUAAACUGUUGAAUUAAGGGUUUGAGUGAAGACUGGAGUGGGUGUUUUGUUUGAUGAAAGUGCAGAUUGAUAGAUUCUUCACGAGUUAGUAAGUCACAGUUUGUCUGCUCAGGGAUAAAACCUCUUUAAUUUAGUUAGCUAAGUCUGUUGAGUCCAAUCAGUUGAUCCAAGUAUGAAUUAUUCUACUUUGAUCCCUCCACAGCUCGAAAACCUCAGUGCUCUCCACACUUUUGGUUAAAAAAAAAACAAAAGGAAAAGAUUAAAUGAGCGGGAUAUUGGAAGAAGGGAGGAGAGCAAAGGAGAAGCUGAAAAGAAGGAUUUACAGCCCUCAUACUUCUAGAAAAUAAAAAUUUAAAGAUAGCGUGUUCAUGGUUUUUAACUGAAAAAUAACAACACUUAAGCUAAAUACCAGUGUUAGCAUGUCUUCAUACUAAUAAUAACAUGAUAAACAUUGAUGUUAAGCAUGUGUAAUACUUACCAUGUGUAGCAUCUAACUUUUGCAUGCUAGCUUGCUAUCAGUGGGUAUAUUGGACAACAAAUAUCAAUAAACUGAGGCUGACAAAACUAAGUGUUUCAGCAGAAAUACUUUAUUUUGUAUUUGUGUUUUUUGUUUUCUUAGCAGAGGUAAAAAUUUAGAUCAUUGCCAGAUUUAACCUAAGUAAACAUGAAUUCCCUACUCCGAUAGUUUUUUGUUUAAUACUUAUUGUUCUCAGUGGUCUUUAAAUUGUGAUGAUGAAAUUUUUAGCGAAAUUAAGUUACCUGUGUCAUUUUCGAGGGCUUUUCUUCUGCAGAGCUCCAGUAGAUCAUUAGCAAUUUGCCUCUGAGUUGUGGGCGGAGACCGCGCUGCUCUGCACACUCGUCCUCAUGCUAGCUUGUAGCCUAACAUUGCUUGUGCAGUAGAAGUGGCAGGUAACAUAGGAGCUAUUCAGCUCUUAAACACUAAUGUCUUUAGGGACUUGAUUAAGUUAAUAUCAUAAUUAGCAUUGCAAUCCGCUAGCGCACUCGCUUGGUCUGCGAUUGUCCUCUCUAUUUCUCAGAGUCUGGCCAUCAUAGCGGGGCUGCGGGGGCGGAGCUUGGAUUUGCACGUAGGCAGUCUUUAAGAUGUUAAUUCAAACGGCUAAAUAAAAAGAUGGAUUUUCUGCUAAUGUCUGACAACAAAGUUUUUUCAAAUUAAACACAAAAUCAUGUAUGCACUGUCAGGUCGAUCGUUUGUCAACUUCAGAGGGAAUUUUUCAUAGAGAUGACUGUAAAACACAUGUAGGGAUUUUGUUUUGAAUUUAAGACACUUUUGUGUGUGUUUUCCGGUUAGCUUAAUACGUUUCUGCAUUCCCAGCAGCCUCUCAAUCAAUCAAUCAAUCAGUCUAUUUUGUCGGCUUCCCUGUGGCUCUACUCUGUUGAUGUAUAGGACCGUCACAACCCCUUCCUGAGCUUUCUCUAAUGACUUUUUCAUUAUCAGUGACAUCAACUGAAUGGCAAUGAAACAAAGGUAUUAGGGCAGUAUUUAAUUGAAUCUGAGGGAGAAGAUAUUAUUGGACUAAGGUGUGUUGUAAAGCCGUUAAGAGCCGAGAGCGCUCGGCUGCAUCCAGAGAGCAAGCUGUCAGGCUGUGCUGAAGUUGUCCUGACUUUCAUGACUCAGAGAUGUCUGGUGUGACAAGACAUGAUGGAUUCUCAACCCAGGGAAAACCCCUUACCUGUUUUUAUCUCUAAAUGUAUAUAUUUUUGUGUCUGUGCAUGGCCAACCGCCUAUCAGCACGCUGUAAACUUCAAUUUAGUUUGACUACAUGAGCAGUGUAUGUCUUUGUGAGCCUGUGUGUGUGUGUGUGUGUGUGUGUGUGUGUGUGUGUGUGUGUGUGUGUGUGUGUGUGUGUGUGUAUGUCCUCUGGGGCUCCUAAAGGACCAGGCAAGAGUCCACCGGUCACUUCAAGGCACGUCUCCAACUCAUGUCAGCGGCCCAGAUAAGCAGAAAGCCACAGACUGACAAAUAAGUGACUUGAUGGGAAGUAAAAAAAGGAACUCGGAGGCUUUGUCAGCUGCCAUUUUUAGUGAAUGACUAAAGCGCUUAAUUUCAAGGGUAGUAUUAUGUACGCUUAAAUGAGCUCUUUCUUUCCUUGCGCAUUUACAAAAACACUUAAUGCCCACAGAGCAGUAAAAAUAUCCUAUCCCUCAGGGCGCAGUGAAAUCAUUACAGUGUGAUGUCGGCUUUGUUUUUUAUAGACUCUAAAUGUCCAUAAAUGUUUCCAUCGAGAAAAUCAAUCUGCACAGAGUCAGCCCAUGUUUGAUUUUUCUUUGUGUUAUUCUAAAGCUGAUGACUCCUCCCUUAUGCAACUUCUGCCAUGAGGAAGGCAGAUCAGCAGUUCUGCACGACUUCUGCAGCACGGAAAGAUUGCCAGCGCUUAACCUUGUGUGGCUGCUCAUGUGUAUGUGUGUGUGAGUGUGGUUAUAGAAAUACUUGAUGUACCGUUUGACCUCAGUUUUUACAGCGGCCAUCCACUUUUAGUUGUUUGACUACAUUUUCGGGUUGUCCUCCAUCAAUACGUCGAUGAAUGUAAACCCGCUCGCUGUGGUGUCACCGUGUGUUAUGCAGCAGCGUUUUGCUGUGAUUGCAGCAUUUUCUUACGCAGCAGUAUUUGACCUGAUGAAAAAUGUAAACAGACAGGCAGGUUAUGUAAGUCGGUGUAGGGUGUCAGGGGGGUUAGUGAUUGGACUAAAAACAGCCCCGCACUGGGAGUGUGACCUCACUCAAACCUCUACAACCUUUGUUAAAACAGAUGUCACAAGUUAACAAAUAAAUCUCCUGCAAGUCAAAGCUGCAGACACAAAUCACACAAUGAUGUUUUUAGAAGUGUCUUCCAGCAGUAUUCCUGUGAUAUCAAAGGAUAUUUUCUUCUAUAGUUCAUACAAUAGCUUAUACUUGGGCUUGUAAUGCGAUGGCAUGUGCUGCCUUUGCGUCUGCCUCAUGAAAAAUAAACACGACUACAUAAAUAAAUCCCUGGGUUUAUGUAAUUUCUCUGCAUUAAUGAGUAAUUGGCAGGAUAAAAGAGACAGAGUGAGCAGCAGAAUGAGAAAACAUCAGAGAGAAGAAACACACCCAGAGCUUUCUAAGUAAAGAUUACAGUGUUGAAAACUUGUUUCAGUGCCAAAGGGAUGACAAAUGCACAACAAAUGCCCUUGGAAUUUUCCCCCUGCGCUACUUCUCCACGGCACAGCGUUUGUGAAAAUAACAACAUGAAGUGAUAGGUUGCUGAGUCGUGAUCAUUUUACCCUUUUUAAUGACUGCCUCUCGUUUUUUUUUAAAUUCGGCUCCAGUGUUAUUGUUACAUUUUCUUGAUGGGAAUUUGAUCCGACAAAAAUAAUCACACAGGCCCUUUGGCAGAGAACAACCUUGGAUGUGAUUUAAUUGUCAUUGCAGAUGGAGGGAAAGAAUGUUGACGCUGUGAAAUACGUGACUGAACUUGGAUUAUUUGAAGUUACUGCCUCUCUCUCUCUCUCUCUUUCUCUUUCUCUCUCUAUCUCUCUCUCCCUCUCUCUCCUUUGAGCUUAUCUCUGUUUGUGUUGCUGCGUGGAGGCAAGGCUCUCUGCCAAGAAGUUACAUUACAGUCGCGGGUUGACAUAAACGUGGGUGUACAAAGGACUUGGAGGGCUUAAAUACUUUAUUGUGUGUGUAAUGUGAACUGAGCAAUUAUAUCUGCCAGCCUUUCAAACAAAGAGCUCCUAUCAGGAAGGUUCAUGUGUUUUUAAUUAACAGUGUUCAGCUUUAAGACAUGAGCAGGCUAAACAGAGAGGUAGAGGCGUGACAAUCGGUACAUCUAAGUAUAAUAUAAUUCGAUGAAAUUCUGGCGGCUGAAAAUGAGAUGAGUGCUGUGAGAAACAAGCAGAAACAUAACGACACACAGGCUGUGAAUUAUUGCAGCUCCAGUAUCAAAUCAUUCUCCCUGCAGAAACAGUUUUGAAAAGUUUUUUUUUCUUUUGUGGAUUUUCAGGUUAACCCACAUCUGUCAUUUACGGUAUUAUACUCAUAACUCGACUGGGCUGUUAUAAUGCCCUCUUCUGAAAUCUAAAAAAUACAUCUGUCUGAAUCUAAAUACAGUUUCUCUGUGCGGCUGAGAGGGAACUUGAGGAUGGUGUUUACUAGCACAUUGGAACAAUUUGGCAGCCUCCAAAACCCAUUCAGCACAAUGUUGCACUAAUCCAGUUUUAAAAUAAUUAGCUACAGGCUAGCAGGCCUGUGAAAUUCCUUUCCCUGAUUGUAAAUGUUCCCGUCAUAGCCUCCGUUUUUCACAGCUGAAAAAGUCAGUGUUCCCGGAGAGGAAAUGCAUUUUUGGCCAUAAACAUUUUCACAUGUCUUUUAUUCCUGUUCUCAAUUGUUGUGUAAUAACAUUGUUUGAAGAUAAAAUCAUUGCACUUGGCAAGAAAAACAUGCUGGUUUAAUCACAUUAUGCUGCUACAACUAAAUCAGUCUUUUCAUUGUUGCUUUUUUUCCCUCUUCUUUCCCUCAGCUCCUAACCUGAAGGGGCGACCCAGGAAGAAGAAGCUGUCGAUCUCUCAAAGGAGAGACUCCCAGGGUCAGGCUCAGGGUCAAGGGUCAGCUGGGUCCACACAGGGGUCAACAGCAGUGGCAGCACAGGACCCCUCCAGCCUUGAUAGCAAAACUACUACAAAGGUAAGAACAUAAAUUAGACUGAAAUUACAAGAUCUGAAAAUAGGGAAAAACCCAAGAAGACAACAUAAACAGGCAUUGGUUAGUAAUUAGAUUAAAUAAAUGAAAUAAUAGUAAAAUGAUUCCUAGUUUAAGAAGUACAGCUCAUGUACAUUAAAAUGUGUAUCAGAUAAAUUUAGAGUUUUGUACAGUUAAUGGGAAUUUUAGUUCCUUUCAUGCAGCAGCUCUUCAGUAAGCACACCGUCCUCAUAGAACGAGGCCGUGGCAUUUUAGUUUCUCCAACCAUUCACCAGAGGACAGAAUCUGUGCAGUAAAGCAUACGACAGUGAAGGCCUUGUUUUAAUAGGAGUUGAACUGGUGACACGAAUUGUUACAUCUGUUUGCUCCCGCUCUACAAAAGAGGGUUUAGCCAAGGACAGCUGCUCGACACAUUUUUGUGUAAGUUUAACUUUUAGAUUUAAAACUUCUGUCAGAAACGUUGAAUUACAUUCAUUUGGCACACUGGUACCCCGAUCGCUAUGCUUUUUUACUCUUGUGAUGAACGUGUAAGAUUGCUACUUUGUGCUGGCUGUACGUGUGUUGGGGAGACUUAAACCUGCUUAAGGCAAAAGCAGGAUACGCACUGACAGGUCAACAGGAAGAACUAAAUUAUAGUGGAGACUACACAGUUUUAUCCAAUCCUUCAGGCUAGAUGUGGUGAAAAUCACUUCUAUUGGUUGGAAAACCCCUCUUUUUAGUAGAUAGCUAGAUUUUUUUAAGCAGAUUUCAUGACUUUUCUCAUUUCCAUUCAUCAAAUUCUGUGAUUCUGUCUGUUUUCUGUAAUCACAAGGCACUAGACAUUUCAAGUAUGCAACAAAAUCAGCAAAGGGGCCACUUGGUCCACAGAGGGUGCCAAAACUAAGAAUGAAAACUGGAAGUUUCUUUCAGGAGCUCAAACAAUGACUCAAACAAUGAAUGUAUCUGCAGAUUAUUCAGACCCAAUCUUUCCUCCUGUUAAACAACAUAAUUGUUUCCAUCUGACUAAUUUCUUCUUUUAUAGAUGAGUCAUGAUAGCUUGCUCGUAAAGCAGGGCUCUUGUUUGUCUUUCCUCUUCGUCAAACUACGUAAUAUCCACUCAAACAAGAGCAACAUGAUCCCACAGUGGAACAAAAUGUUUACACUUGUUUCUGUUGCGUUCUCAACGAACAGGAGGCAGUAUUGUGAAAAUGGAAGUAGAAUAAAUUAAAUACUAACAAAAUCCUGCGAGCUGAUUGUGGAAAUUGAAAGUUUAUUUACACAAGGGUAAGUAAAAUCAUCACAUCCUGUUUGCAGAUGUUAGUAAUCGGCUUGAUUAAUGAUUCUCAGCUCUUUUCACCAAAAAAAGACUGAGUAAUCGAUGCAGCAUUUCUGUACUUUACAGUAAUCCUUUUUUAUCGAGCCUCGUCUGGCAUUGGUUGUAAUAUUUAAAGUGAAGGAAAUAUCCUUCUGUAAAGCCUUUCUACAGCCCUUAUUCCUAUGACCUUGGACAGUUGAAUCAAUAUUAGUAAUUCUCUCUCGUAGCUGGAGUCAAACUAAUCUGCACCUAAUCUGUGAUGACAAGAAGAGCUGCUUCAUUGAUAAUCAAUGAGGGGCUGCCUCUGCGGCCUGUGAGGAUAUUUGUUUGCGCUUGAACCCAUCUCACCCAAAGUGGCUCACAUCAUUUUUGAAAACACUGAUAAAGGUUUAUUUUCAUCUGCUUCUACAUCCACUUAUUCUUCUGGCUUUGUCUUCACAGGUCAAACCCAGCUAUAAAUCGGUACCCAACGGAAAAAUACCCCCCUCGGCCAAACACAGGGCCAACAGCCUCAACAGGAAAACCUCAGCUGAAGAGAAGGAGCGAGGGAAGGAAAGGGAAAGGGAAAGGGAAAAGGAAAAGGAGGAGAGGAACGAGAAGGAUGAGAAGAAAGAGGAGGAAACAUCAGAGGAGAGCCGAGCAGAGGAGCAGGCUUUCUUGGUAGAGCUCUACAAGUACAUGAAAGACAGAGACACGCCCAUAGAGAGGAUCCCCUUCCUCGGCUUCAAACAGAGUGAGUAGGAAAACUUAUUCUCAUAUUUCCUCACAGGAAAUGUUUAAACAAAGGAGUACAGUCAAUGGUAGUAUAUUUCAGUUUGUGGGGGUACACUUAUUUGGCUCCAAGAAUGUAAAAUCUUUAAGUAAAGACAAGCGAGUGUUUUCAUAAACCGAUUCAAAAAGCUGAUUUCUCUUCUCACAUAAGCAAAGACUCGAAAGCUUGCUGUUACAAACGUGUAUCAAGAUGUGAUUUUGGCAGAUUUAAGACCCAGUUACAGUGAAACUGAGACUUGCUAGAAAUAGAAAGAUGAAUGUAUGCUACUCUCAGGGAGGAAAUGAACAGACAACUGAGAGAAUUAAGUUUGCAGAGAUACCUGGGGUGUUGAAUUUUAUGUCGUCUGUAGAGUGCCUAGUUGUGGACUGUAUGCCAAAUAAUAGUUGGUGGCUUUGGAGAAUGAUUUCUGUUUUAUUUGUAGAUUUACGGUGGGUAAUAAAAUCUGACUAACAGUCAUUUGAAAGUGAUCAGUCAGAUGAAUAUCAUUAAUCUAUUCUGAAUUUCCCCGCAAAGUAAAAAUAUCAUAACAAAUUAGAAGAACUCUAAAAUGUCUCGUGUUUGGGGAGGGAAAAAAAUAAGAAGUCUAGAUUUCAAGUUAGAUUUGAGAUACUAGAGUGAAACUGCACCCUGUAAGUCAUUAAAAUCCACACUGGGAAAAACCCAAUGUGGAUUUUAAUCAGCUACUCUAACCACAUGUUAUCUAUAGUGCCCCCCCAGUGUGAUCACACAAGGAAACCAGUAGCUGCUUUUCAGUCAAGUCAAGGGCAGACUUUGUCCUAACUAUCCACAAUAUAAGAGCUUAAGGGAAAGAGUGGAAACAGCUGCCAAGUGCUGCAGGCACUGCGCCCAAAAAUCACUAAAUUACACCACUGUUAAACUGUGAAAAGCACACAUUCAAGCUGCGGCAAUAAUAAACUAAAGGAAUAAUUGUGUAUGCUGAGAAAAAAAAAAUCCCAUCUAGUGGUGAGUAAGAGACUCUGGAGGCUCACUGUCACACUACAUUUUGGCUGGCUUUUAUAGCAGAGAAUAUCUUCUCACACUAGUCAAAGGGGCUUCCUGUGAAGGCCAAGAACGUCCUCUAACUGAGUAAAAAAGAACAUCACAUGUAUGGGAAACACGUCUGCCCUGAGAUGAAAGAUUUCUAAUAUAGGUCGGUUGCUUAGCUUGCACCAGGUGUGCAUGGUACAAAGAGGAGAAACAUGCACGUAAACAUCAUAAAGGGCACACACUCUGGUCUCCUGAAACUGAAGCAGAGCGUUUGUUUUAUGUGUUUGAUCUGGAGGUAGGAACGUGGGUACUCAUCUCAAACUGUGGCUUUCGAAUCUUUCUUUGUUUUUUUUUUUUCUUCUUCGUCUUUAUUCCAGGAAGGAAAUCACAUUUGCAUUCAUGUCGAAUGAGCCGAGAAAAGAUUUAGCCAUUCGCAUCAGCACGACAACAUCAGCAAAUUAAUGAGAGGCAGGAGUGGGAGAGAAAGUGAUGUCUCCUGGAUUUCACAGUGACAGUUUAUAGCACAGUAAAAAAGUCAUUACUCUAAACUAUUACAUGAAGGUAAGCUGUGGUCGCCUCCUUCUGCUAACCUCACCGCGGUAUUUUGACAAUCCCGUCAUCUUGACUGCCGACAUGUUGUUGCUUAAAUAGGUCAUUGUGGUUGAGGGAGAUAGAGAGAGAAAGAGAGAGAGACAGAGAGAGAAAUUACAAACCCAACAUGCUUUUACUUUCAGCUGGCAUUUUCGAUUUGAGCUGAGAAUAAAGUCGAGGUCCGCGCGCCAACUGCUUUACAUACAGUACAUGCUUUGAAUCUGAAAACCAGACACAUCAUAAGCAAGGCCCUCAUUAAAUGGUGAAAUCAUGCUGUUUAAACUUCGUCCUUGGCAGCGAGCACACAUCAGCACAUGUAAAGAGGAGGGAAAAAAAGGAAAAACACAUCAUAAUUAAUACAACAAACCCUUAGAUGUAAUCAGGCACCGUUUUCAUACUCUUCCCUUUAAACUUGCUACAAAUGCAUUAAAAGAUCAAAGGACUUGCUUUCCCGCAAUGGAAAUUGAAAUUAUGUUAUUUUAGUUGCGUUUGAGUAAUAAUCUUUUUAUGGAGUCCUCUGGAGUUUAACAAAGCAACAGAUGGUUGAAUGAUUUACCAGACUUACCCAUGCUUUGUUGGCUCGGCUACAAAAAAAGCCCAUCUGAAUCCCUGGACCAAGCUGAACCUCAUCUCCCUGCUGUGGAUUCUUACCUGUUUUUUUCACAGGACUGCAAAUGCAGCUUUUUACAACCCAGCUGAGACACAUAAGGCACUAAAAUUCAGUCAUUAUGCAUUUACCUCCAAUGGCUCAAAACACCAUCUUAAUCCCAGUAACAUUAGUUUUGUCGAGCUAACACAGCUUCCCAUUUUUUCCUGCCCCUCUCUCUCAUGUCGAAUUUAUAUCUGACCCCAGGGUUUGUGUGCAUUAAACAUCUUUGAGUGGAGGUGCUGAUGUGAGACCACGGCGCCUCUAAACCCCAAUAAUAUCAGGCAUUCAGUUUACUAAAACCUACAACAUAACAGGAAAAGCGUAACUCUCUGCAUUUAGCAGGCUGAAACGGAAUCAUAGGGUGUUAUUGCUCAGGUACACACUUGGUGUUACUCUUAAACCAGCUGGCUGUAUUUUGAGUUUAAAGUUUAACUCUGUUUUGUCCACACUUAAAAAUCCCAGCUACACUUUCACUCAUCACAGUAGUGGUUGCGGUAUAUAUUUACACUGAAUCAUUAAUGGUGCAUUAUAUGUAGCCUACUUCCAGAGGUGAACUUGUGUUAUCGUGCUCAAUGAAUUAAGCAUGAACUCUUUAUUUUUCUAGUACCACUCUAGUUAUUUGUUUGUAUUUUUAUCUAUUAACCCUUUAAUGCCUGAAACCACAAAUUAUGGCCAGAAAUUUUAAUUUUUUUUGGGAGCUGAAAUGUUUAUUUCACUUUUUACUGAAAACCAAAAAAAGUCUAAAUGUCCUUAAAAUUAAACAAUUAUAUUUAUUUAUCUUGUUUGAUACAUUAGAUGUUUUUGGAAACUGAUAAACCACAAGAGGACAUUUUUAUCAUUUAUUGAACUGUAUUAAGGUGUUUUUUAGUGAUUUGUUGAUCAUAUUGAUUGAUAGAAGUAUCAUUAAAGUGCAUAUCAAAUAUGAUACAAAAGGCAAAGAAGGGCUACCAUAAAAUAUAGAGGGUACAGAGAAUCCAGUGUAUUACUUCCUGUACAGUUAUCAUUUUUAAAGGAUAUAAUACAAUAAUAUAAUUGUUGUCAUGUUAUUUUCUUUUGAUCCUCUUAUCUUUUUAUUUCCCUCUUCAAAUAGAUUUUCUUUAAAAACUGCUUCAUUUAAUGGCCCUCAGCGAACUGUUUUUCAAGAAAAACGUGACUUUUAAGUCACCUCAGUAAAGCUAUUCACAGAGGCUGAACACACAAGAGAACCUGAAUCACAGGAAAUGAAAUGAAAAUAGUUGACCGUUACAGUGCAGGAGGAGGAGAAGAAAACAUUUUUUUUUCUGCUGCAGCUUAUUCAAGCGAGUUGCCUUCCUUCUAUUUUUUUUAUCACUUUGUUAAUAUUGACCUUGCUCUACAGCUUCUGCCAUUCAAGUUGUACUGGUGCAGUAAAAGCUGUGAGAGAAAUGAGUGAUAGUGGAUUCAGGAGGAAUAAACUAGGAGUGGUUGCGGUUACAUUGUAUAUUCUGGGCUCGUGGUGUGCAAGAUGAACUAGUUACUCUGUGUGUGUGUGUGUGUGUGUGUGUGUGUGUGUGUGUGUGUGUGUGUGUGUGUGUGUGUGUUUUGCUGCUUGGGCAUCAGCAUGUGAUUGUGAACAUCAGUUCCAAUUUGUCCCCCCUCUUUCAGCCAAGUUGUCUAAUUGCCGUGCCAUCGGUGUGUCAUUGAGGCUGCAUUGUGUUCCUGUUUUGUCAUCCUUAUCUCAGUGAUAAUUGCCCCUGCCAAAUAGAGGGGAAUUAAGAAAAGAAAUUGCUAAUGACAAGACAUCUAAGAAAAGGCAUGUUCGCUCAUUUCCUUUAUCUGUUCUGUUCCCUCCCUGUCCCCAUGUGCUAUUGUGGUAAUUACAGUCGAUGCAUAACAAGCUAGUUAAAUAGACCAUCUUUCUGUUUCUCCAGUCAGAAAGCACAAUACGCCAGAGUGCUCAGUUCAAACAGAAAAACCUACCCAGCUCCCUUUGUUAUUCCACCCGUGCAUUGACAACGGUCGCAGAGAGGAGGGAAGGAAAAAAUCAAUGCUGUCAAAUGCGGAGAUAGGAAAAUGUCAUUUUGACAAAUGCAAGGCUUUGUGUACGCACAGAUUGAAUUUUGAUGGAUUUCUCCCCAGGCGAGGCCUCCUUUUCUUAUUUAUAGGCCUUCAUAUAAAAAUGUUAAACAAUGAUGUUACAGAAAGCAAAUACAAAUGUCAUUGGCAUAAAAAAGUCUCCCAAUGAACCUUUCCUUCUUUGUUUGUGGGAAAUAUUUUCAUUCAAAGACAGACAAGCGUUUGAAAGCUUUCUGAAAGCUCACCCUGCUAUUUUUAGGAAAAUGUUACACAAGACUUGUAUUUUGAUAUGGCCUGUCAUGCGCUAUUUGCAUGGGGGAAUCAAUGCAAAUGAAUUUGCAUUAGUUCAAACAGAAGUUUGAGCAUAUUGCCAAGUGUUUGAUGCCUAUAAUGGUUUUCAUUCAUACCUGCAGGCUGCAGCUGAGGGUUAACAAAUCUUUUUGUCAGGAUGAAGCAUAUGCUGUAUUUUAUCACACACUGGUGAUUGUACAACAAUUCAAUGUUCAUUUGCAUCUUUUCAGCUCAAGAGCAGCUUCGCUUUGUGUGAAAAUGAUAAAAAGCAUUUUUCAUUGUGCCAGUCCGCGAAUAUAUAAUCAGUGUGUUCGCUGGAAAUGAUCCAAAAGACAACCACUGUUAUGUUCAUCAAUCAAUCUCUGUCUAUUGAUCUGUCUGUCUGUCUGUCUGUCUGAGUGUCCCUCUGUCUGCCUGUAUGCUUAUCUGUCUAUCAUAUGUCUACUGUCUGUUUGUCUGUCUGUACAACACCAGUUCUGUAAAUUUUGUACAGAUAUUUUCUUGUUUCCAUACAGUUAUUAUAACUCGUUGUAUAGAUGUUAAAUAGAUUAAGGAGUGUACUCAUUCAUACCAGCGUUUCACAGUUUACUUACUCAACAGUAAACCAACCUGUUCUUUGUAUGCAUGGUUGUGACCUAAUGAAGAGGUAACGUCUUGAAUGGGGCUGCUAGACUGGUCUGCCAAACUAUUUAUCCAGCUUGCUUUGCACAUUGAAGCAGUCACUUGCUUCUUCAGGCGCCACCUUCUGGGUAAAAUACUGUAUUACAGUAGAAUAAAUCUCUCUACAGUUCAUACCAUAGACUGUAUAUGCUGUGGACAACUUGGUUCUGCCUUCUGCCGCUAUAUGGAUUUGAAGCCAAAAAGCUCUCUGUAUUUCUGUGAUUUUUCUCCACUUCCUGAAACCAACAUUGCGCAGUCCAUUCUAUAUACAUUGAAUAUACAUUCUAUGGUUCAUACUUGUACAUUGGUUGCACCAGUACACAGGCCAGAAGCUAUUUAAUACGAUUUGGUUCUGGACUCAAAGACUAGGACUUUAACUGGUAGUGGAGUGUUUUCACAUUUGGUAUUAGCUCCAUUACUUAACAAAAGGAUCUAAAUACUUCCUCCAGUACAGUAUUUAUCCCCUGCUCUCUGGUGUAAUGACUGUAUAUGACGUUAUGGGUUUCAGCUCAAGUCCUUUCCCAGAGUUCCUGACUGCCUUGUUUGUCUUCUGUCUCCCACAGUCAACCUUUGGACCAUGUUUCAAGCUGCUCAGAAACUGGGAGGAUAUGAGUUGGUAAGUAUUCACAUAUGUGGCAAUAUAUUCCUACUCUUUCCUGAAAGCCCCUCCCUCUUUUCCCCUGUCUUCCCCCCCUCACUUUCUCUAUCCCCCUCUCCUCCUCUAUUUCUCCAUUAUCCCUUCAUCUCUAUCUACCUACCUUCUGCCUUUCUUCUCUUUCUCUCCGCCUGCCCUCCUUUUGCCCCUUUGAGGUCAGCCACUAUUUUCCCAAGAAGAAAGUCUCACUCAGAGCCACAUUUAGCAAAAAUGAUGCCGUUGUUUCAAAACCCCCUUGGAGUGGAAAACACAUGUUCCUCUGCUUUGCACUGGUUCGACGGAAAUUGGUCAAAUCGCUCAUUUUUUCCCAUGUUGGUGAUGAAGUGAAACACACACGUAUACUCGCUGAACGCACGCACACACACAACCAAAGGAAGUAUGAGGCAUUGAACUUGGCAGCCUUACCUGACGAUUAUUCAUUCACUGUUCAUGUGCGACGUGUUUCCAACGUGAAGUCAAUGUUUGAUGUUGAGUCGUCAAAUUGUAUUGCUCACGCCUGUUUCUUCAUUAGCUUAGCCGCUAUAAUGUCAUCCAAACAGACAGCCAGACCGGGCCAUAAACAGGAUACAGCUCAUAUAAUCGGGGCUCAUAUCCCUUUUUAAAAGCCUCAUAUCUGCAGCUGAUUAUCUCACAUUUCAUGCCUAGGCUUUGUUAGCCCGGCAGUUUUGUGUCGUAGCCUGUCAUCUGUUAUGGGAUAAGGGGUUAUAGCAGGAACAACGAUGAUGUUAACAGAGCUUAUUAUGUUAGAGAAUUGAGUGUUGUAGGAUUCAAUAACUGGAACAUCAUGACUCAGUAACUCCCCAAGACCUCAAAAUGAUGUCAACCCCUUAUGUUUUUCUUUUUCAUAUUCUUUCUUCCCCUCAUGUUUUUUUAAUUUUCCCCCCAACUUCAACAUUCAUCUCAUUGUCCUCUGUGACUUUUCCUCUUUGUCUCUUCCUCUUUGUCUUACUCCUCUUUUGUCUCCUCUUAGAUCACAGUUCGCAGACAGUGGAAGCAUGUGUAUGAUGAAUUGGGCGGGAACCCCAGCAGCACGAGCGCGGCCACAUGUACACGCAGACACUAUGAGAGGUGAGUUAUUAUAUAUGGCAGUUACAUAUGACACAUUAUUGCCAUGCAUGCACACAUGGAAUAGUUUGCAUCGCCCAGAGUGCCCCCCCCUCUUCCCUUCCCUUCUCCCCCUCACACACAGCUGCAUCAAAUAGGAUUGCACAAUGCUUUAUUCAUAACGCUAGGACACUACAGGACAAAUAUUGAUCUCAUUCAGAGGAUGUCAAUGCAAUUACGUGUACAUAAGGAAUAGGGCCUUUGUGACAGUGUAGUUCUUUGUAAAUCACUCCUCACUGUUUCACUCUGUAAUACCACUCAGUGCUAAUAGUAUUUAUGGGUCUAAAUCUAUCAUGAUCAGAUGAGAUUCUGUUGUUUUCUCAGGAUUAAUUGAGUACUUAUGUGCACUAUGGAACCGAUUACACAGUGAAAUCCACUCAUGCUGCUUUACCAGCUUAAGACGAUUUCAAAGUUCAAAAAAACUGACAAGUUUUGAAUUAUUGACAGACCUGCAAGGAUACAUGAACAAUACAUACGCAAUAUACAUGUAUAUACAGGAACAACUCUUUCAACUUUACAUAUGAUUAAGGCACAACAGGUUGCAACAUUACACACAAACAGGUUUUUUCCUGUAUUUUUCCACAUUUUGAAGCAGACAGAUUCUGCAUUCUUGAAACAUACACAUUAAAAUCACCUGGAUGAUAUUACCAAACUAAAGUGAGCAUAACCAGAUAGAUUUUGAGGGAGGUUUGAGGAUCAAGUGCGGACACACAAACACACACACCCUUUUCCCAAGGUUAAACAAACACCAAAAAUGAUCCUCCCAAAGAGAGAUAACCAGUCGCUCAUGAGGCACAAGACCCCCUCCACAUCCCUCCAGCUGUUCACACACACAUAUACACGAUCACACCUGUCAGUUACCCAGAAAUAUGCCAGUAGUGUAAGAUAAGAGAGUUGGGAGUUUAUUCUGUUUCAUAACUGUAUGACCUUUGGCCUAGUGGUUGAAGGUCUGAUUCCAGAUCUCAGUGUGAUCUGGUGCAUAUCAUUCCUCCUCUCCCUCUCUCUGUACAUGUCUUGUUUCUCUCAGCCUUUCCUAUCAAUAAAGUCUAAAAGCUCAACAAAUAAUCGAAAUAGUUGUUGAAAAAGGAGAAUUGGAUGAAGUAGGCGAAUCUGAAAAAUGAGCCACUUGUGGUUACAUAAAAGCUUCUCUAGGACAGUUGGUGAAUCAAAGCAUCAGUGGUAGUAAUAGUAGGAGAAAAUAAGUAACACACAUUUAAAUUUCUCAUGUGAUUAUUAUUUUAUCUUGAGAAACUAUACUUUCUUGUUUUUGUACAAGUGUCUAGCUGUAAUUCAGUACACCCACCAGAUGAUGGCUGUAGCACAUCUGAAGGCUAUUUGCUAAAAGCCACAAAACAACAAAAGAAGAGGAAAACAUUUGUGCUAGUUACUUGUGAAACAGAUUUGGUGCUGUGGCUUUUAUUACUGUAGAAAAAUGUAGAAAAAUAUAGAUUUCUAUAUGAUUAAGACUUCUAAGUUGAGGUAUAGUUAAAAUUGUACAUUAAAUAAAUUGAGGGAUCAAUAAAAAGGGAAAUUGUAGGCUGAAACUUGAGCUUGUUAUACCUUCCCUUUUACAUCACAUAGUUAGCCAGGCAAUCCUUUAUUAACUAGAUUAAGUUAGAUGAUAGCUAAUCAUCAUCAGCCUUGCCAGACAGCACCAGAAUCACCAGACUGUUAAACAACUCAUUGGUAUUUUUAUCAGUGGAGGCAUGAAAUGUUAGUCAUGUGUAAUGUCUAACCUGCCUUUAGCCAAGACUGUAGCUCCACUUGCAAUAAUGCUCUAUGACUCAGAUGUAAAUGAGCGCAGAUGAAAGAUUAGAGACGGGAGUAUUUGAUCCAGAAAAGAGGAUAGAGUUAGGCUGUUUAACUUGUUCACAUUCAUAGUUUCGAUUUGGUUCAUGGUUUUAAAAAUAAAGUCAUAAUCAUAAUUUUAGUUGCACUCAGCUUAUCUUUUUUAUUAGUGCCUCCCAUAUUUCAAUCAGGAGCCUUCAGUUGUUGACGUCUUCUAGACUAAAUGACUCACUGUAUGCUACCGUAGAAUUGUACAGCUGUUGAGUUCAAAAGCCAGAGUAUAAAUUGUGGGUUUAAUCCCUUAAACAAUGAAUAAUUAAGUAUUACAACUCAGAACAGAUAAGUGCACACAAGUAUUGUUUGUUAAAGAAGAACAUGUAUCAUGGGAAGCUUAGAGGACUCGUACAAAACUGGUCUGGGUCUGCGAAAACUGGUGUAUAGCUGCUCCGCUUGAGAAAUGUGUAACCAACAAAUACAUACGAUUGUUAGCCUGUAAGGAGGACCAAAGGCUGGUGGUGCUAGCUCUGCUAACAAUGAUCAUAAUCCUGCUACCUUCAGACUUUUGUUGAAUUUUUAAUCAAACAACUUGAAAUUCUUCCCUUUGGUAUUUUGUGCCGAACAAUCGGGGAAACAAAUUUAAAUUUCAGACAUUUCUUUAAUUCCUUGUCCCAGUUUUCCCACAUUUACCCCACUUUUGGCAAAUCAACAUUCCUGUUUCGGGUGUAAGAGCAUUUUCGGUGUGUUUUCUGUAUUUGGACAGAAGUUGAAUAAUGUGCCUUUAAAUGUGCAGUUGCGAGUUCCUCUCAGUGUUUACAUUGUUGUUCUCCCUGAAACACACACACACGCCUACUUAUCCAAGGUUAAACAAAUGCUUGUAACAGGGUUAUGUUUUAAAGGCUGAGUCCCGUAGUUAGACUAAUAAUAGAUUUGACUUUCAACACUCAGCGUCAGAGAUGAUGCCAACCAAAUAUCAUUUCAUUGCAAAAGACAGAAUGUGUCUUUGAUCCUUGUUCUGUUAGUUUUUUAUCCGUCCUUGAAAUCAGUUUGUCUCUGCUUGGGAUUUCUUUGAAGCCAGUCGUGAAAACGCUACAGUGUUCAUGGGUUUUGAAGGCGUAAAUAUGAUGGGAGGGAGGCAGGACGAAGGAAGCGUGUGGGAAGCUCUGAGGUGUGACCACUGCUGCGCUGGCCUUUCCCUCUCCAGCCACCGAGAAGCAGCUGAGAGAAAAUAAUGCUGAAUCAAUACAAGGCAAUAAUAUCCACACACUGCAGUGAAUAUCAGGCUGACAGGGAGGGAAGGUGUAAAUCUGGAGGGGGGGACAAGGUGGGGGUGAGAGAGCAAGAAAAUAAGAGAGAGAGAGAGAGAUCAGCUGAAGCAAGUUUCCAUUCAGGGGAAUAAUUUUAGCUGAGCCUUGGUGUUUGGGCUGCUUGGAGGGCAAUUAGCUUCAUUGUAUUAACUCAGCAAACACGGCCAUUCUCUCCGCAUGAUGAAUGAGGCUGUUUGUGGGCUCGCUGAAGUGUGUGUUUGUUCCCUAGAGGCGUCUUUGUUUCCACCUUUAAUCAUUAGUCAAUGUGCUACAGAAAUAUAAUUCACGGGGAAGAAUGUACAGCGUACAAACUGGAACAGCACUUAUGUUUUCCUCUUCUGUCUCAGAAGGAUCACUUCUGAUUUGUCUCAGUGGAGGAGAGCAGGAUAUAAAAAAGUCUCAAGCUAGCAGGGAGGAAGGAAAUAAUAUUUCAGGGUGUAAUUGCUGUAAAUUAAGUUGAUAUUAGUGGCUGUCCUUGUGUUAUUUGCAUUAAAGUCGGCGAAUAUCCACAAGAAUUCAGCCCUCAUUUCAAAUUAUACACAUUAUCCUUUUAUAGCCCCAAUGGCCAAAUCAUGUGAAAUGGUUUCCAAGGAGAUGUUAUUGUGAAAGAUGGAGCCGUGAGCUAAUCACUGUAUUUAUGCCGUCCAAGAGCAGGUAGUAAUCACUGCUAGUAACAGAGUAACAUAGCUGGGAUUAAACAGGAGAUAACCUCGACUAAUUGUCAUUUUCAAAGUUACUGAUUGUUAAGUUGCAGAGCGGCGUUCAUUAGUUCACUUGGGGGGAUCGAAAUCAAUGUAGAAGACGUCCAAGCCAAGGUCUGUGUCUCACUGAUGCAGCUACGGGGAAGCUUUAAUGAUAUUUAUUUAAACCGUUUCCCGAGAUUAGCUGUCAGAGCCCGGCGCUCUGAAUUAAAAAUGAGGUCAUGAAAAAGAUGGCAUCAAUAACCUUGAAAUAGACUGCCUUUUGCUUCUAUGCUGUGCCAUUUUCUCUAUGCACCCCCCCCCCAUCCCCUCCCUCCCUCUUUCUCUCCCCUCCCUCCCUCCCUCCCUUCCUUCCUUGCACUUCAUGCUGUUUCUUUCAUUAUACAGGUCAGCGCCUUUUAACAGCUCCUACAUAUUUAAUCUUCCUGCUUUCCUACGUGAUCCCUUGUUACAGAAACAUCACAUUUCACUAUCUCUGUUCAUUUCUGUCUGUUACCGGUUUUUAAUACCUCCCCAUGCUUUGGCACUCUAAUGUAAUUGCACAACGGGGUUGGCAUUGGUACAGGAGGGGGGCUAUAGGGGGGUAAGGGAGGAGGGGGGGCUAUAUCCAUGGCAACAGAGAAGCUAUUUAGAAUAAUUUGCUAUUUAAAAAACUCUGAGCGUUUUGGGUGAAAUCAGACAACACAGAUGAAGAUUUAUUUUUGUGGUUGAGAUCAUUUCUUCUUAAAAGUAGGAGAUGUUUGCCAGAUGCACUGCACAGAGAGUCUGAGGCCUGUGAAAUAUUCCCCGGCUCAGAUCAUGCAGAUAUGUGUUUCUUUUAAGACAGAUGCGCGCCUGUUCCAAUUUUAGUCGACUAGAUGUUUUAUUGAUUCAGCCUUUAUUCAUUCCUCCUGGAAUCGAUGUUCCUCCGCAUUCACUAAAGCUGCUCUCCAGAUAUAAAAAUACAUUUGUUGCUCAUUAUUAUUAGGAAUCCUUGAGCCAGUCCUUACUCGAAGAAAUAGGAGAGGAGAGUUUUGGUUUCAUAAGAGACAGUGGAGCAGAGAUUGUUUUUUUAAAAAAUGUAUUCUUUCAGAUCCUCUGUAUCCAGCUCUCGUCAGCAUCUCUCUCUGCGUUGUCCUUGAUGUAUUGCAGGAACAUCAAAUGUGGUGCAUUGCAUUUUAGCUCGCCUUGUCUAAUACUGGAACUAAAACACAGAUUUCAUUCACUUUAGUCCAGAUCUAAAACUAUUGCUGGAUUACAAUAAGUGGUGCUGGGAGAAAUAUCACCUUCAUGUCUUCCCUGCCUUUCAUUUAUUUCAAAACCAGAGAGAUGUGUGGAGAGAGAAAUUACAAUCACGAUGGCAGGUUUUAAAAAGCAUAAAUCGUUCAAUGUCGGGAAUAAACAAGCCAAGAAAAGCAGCAGAGAACAUGGUGUCUGUCAGCAUUCUUUAAAGGCACUAUGAACAAUGUCUCAACAUGUCGUCCCCAUCAAAAGCACGGCCAAACUCUUUAUAUCCACGACUCUUGUACUCAAUCUGGACUUCAGCUUGAGUGGGAAAGCAGCCAAAGAGCUGCUUGUACUUUACACUAAAAUAGCAGGCAGCUAUUUUAACCUCUGAGAGCGAGAUGGUUUCCCUGAGACAAAAUGCCUCAAUGAGCUUUCAGUGAUAAAACCUCUUUUUCUGCUGCCAUCUUACAAUCACAAUAUUGGGUUUUUUCUUUAUGAGUGGAUUAAAUCUGAGGUCCAAGGUUCCUCUCCCCCCGGUGGCGGUGUGAAAUCACAAAUUGCAGCACUGACAUGUGACAGCCAGUUGAGUGUGUGAGAAUCCAUUCAAGUCUGCUGAGAUUAAUAACUAGUUCAGUGUUGCAAAUUCAAUUAAUGACAUUCUUGUGGAGAUUUCACUCCACUGCAGGGCAGCAGGAGGGAACAUAUGCUUCAUAUUUAUGGCUUUGAAUACUUGAGCGUUUCUUCUAACAGAAUACUGCACAUUUAUUUUAAACAGUUAGCUCUCUUGGCUCACACCUGCUAUAUAGUGAACAUUUACUGCGAGCUGCAGCCGCAGCGGCUAAUGAGAGCAAACCCAGGGGGAACAGUAGAGGUCAUUUUAAAUCUGGUAUUUUCAGACUUGACAAAGGACUUAAGUUUUUCAUACAUUCCUGUGCUGCCCUCCUGUUUUAACUGCAUGAAUGAGGGUCACCUCAAGUGGUUUGGCUUCCAGACAAAAGAGAGGCUUUGAGGCAUGAAUCCAAAGCAGAGGGAGCAGCUACAAUGUCUGUUUAUCUGUCUGCUGGCAUCUUGUCUCCCUUUUUCUCUGCAGCAGCUAUUGUUUUUCUCAUCAUGGCUGCGAUGAUGCUUAAUCAUCGCAUUUAGAUUUGACAAAGAUUUGAUUUUAUCUUUCUAAUUUUAUAUUCUUCCCCUCACAGGCUUGUAAAAGUAAGUCAUUUUUCUUUCCUCUGAAUGUGUCUACGGCCCCCAGGGCUUGUCCACCAGCUCUUUAAAUAGUUUUUUCCCCCUUUUUUUAACGCACGAAGAGACUCUUGUGAUCUUAACACAACACCAGUUUAAAUUAAUUUCUGCACGGAUGGGAGGGAAACUGUUGAAAUGGAACAGCCUGCAGGCUUUUUCCACUUAUUUGGUGACUUAGGCAUUUCUUGGAUUCUAGCACGCUGCUUGUUCCUGUAACACAAAACUCAGAUGAGAGCAGCACAUUGCUGGUAAAGUCACCUUGUUUUUGCCAAGUUGUGUUUUUUAGGAGGAGGUGCUUUGUGUGCAAUCCAUUAUUUCAAAGGCACAGACAUGCUUAGUAGACAGUUGUGGUUUGAUGUAGAGGUUUUAUGCUUGUAUUGAUCUUACUGAAGAUAGACAAGUCAUAAAGCAUUACAUGUGUAUAGAAUUAUGUUUCCCAUCUUAAUAACACAAGCUUUUGUCUGCCUGUGCCUAUUCAACAUCUAAUCUCCUCUUUGCAUAUUUUAGUUGCUUGUUAUCAACAUGGAAAACGGCUGGUUAAACAAAAGCCGGCUGAUAAAUUGGCAUGAGAGGAAGUUAAGUAUUUAUUGACCUCAUAAAAAUGUUGCCUCUUCUCCCGCCUUAAUGAAAUUCUUUCCUGGAAUCUCUCAGUGCCACACAUGCCCCCUAGUGGCAUAAAUUAAUAACAACACCUGGCUCCUUCUCAACUACUACAGAGGCUGCCAAGAUCAACCAUUCCCUUUCCUUGAAGGAAAUUGCUACUUAUAUAAGUGGUAUUGUAUUAUAAGUUUUAUAUUACAUGAGCAUGACUAGGUGAUAUAUAUAUUUGUACUGCUUGAUAUUUCUCUUGUGUUUCACACUGAGGACUUCACAGUUUUUUUUAUACAACAUAGAGUGAAAAAUGGAAACAAUAAGUGAUUAUUCUAUAGUCUGAACCUCAUUCAGCUUUUUUCCAUACAUGAUUUCUUGAAGAUCCCGCUGAUAGAAAAAAGGGACAAAUAUUUCUUUUUUAAAUAUCACUCUACUUGUUUUAAGUAAAACAAAGCGAGUAAUUCCAGCAAUUUGUGGAGCUUCCUGGGACAAACUUUUUGAUUUUCCGUCACCCACAAAGCAUCCCAGUCUCUCCAUUUGGAACUAUUUAAGGCUUCAGUAAUUUCCCGGGCUCAGCUCUUACAUUAUGCGGGGCCUGUGACACCCCCUCCACCCUCCACUCCAUAUUGACAUUCCAUAAAGCUGACCCAGGCCAAGGCUGCCGUCUCUUUCCCACAGAUCAUUGUGAUAGUCAACAGUGCACUCUGCUAUAUGCUGUAUGUAUAUGCCACUUUUCUCGCCCUUUGAUCACUAAUAGCAUGGCUGCACAUGUUGAAUACACAUUUAUCAGGCUGAAGAAAUCCACAGUUACAAUAGAGGAACAUCUCAAAAACCUGCUUUUGGUAUGCAUAAAAUAAUAGCUAAUUAUAGAAGCCUGAGAACCACUUCUCUAUUUGCAAUAAAUAACUCUGCUGCUGCUGCUGCUAUUUAAAGUUAAAAAGGCUGCUUAUUUUUUAUCUUGGUUUUCAAGGAUUCUUCAUUGAGAAUCAUUUUUCCUCUUCAUUAACAUGUCAUUAUCCCCUCUUUCACUCCCUCUGUUUCUUUUUCCUCCCUCCCCUUUUCUCUUUCACAAUCCCUUUGCUCUCCCUCUUUCCAAUAAGUCACAUUUAAUAGUACAUUUCCUUUCUUGGCCUGGGGCCUGGUGCCAGACCAGCUGUAUGAAAUGUAGUUUCACCGCUUUCCCUGCCAGCACUUUUGUUCAGAGGAAAAAUAACAAAAAAUCCCACAGAGCCUCUUGAACUCUCCGAGGCUUUUUUUCUUCCUUUUGAAGAGGAGGCGAAACAGCUCUUGAUUCAUUGUUUGUUUUACCGCCAUGUCCCUUAAAAGGAAGACUGCAACCAUCUCUUGUCGUUACACGAGAAGACCUUAUUUUUUUCACAUGACUGAGAAAGUCAUGUUUCUGUCUAGCUUUUAUGGAUUGUUAUUGUAAAAAAAUAAAACCCUGACAGAGGAGCUGGCAAGAUUUUCAGAGGAGCUCAUUGAAGACUGAAGUGUUGUAGUUUUUCAGUUGUCCUGGUUUCCUCUCCAACAACGUUCCUUAUUUCUGGUUAAGUGCCAAUUUCCAUUUUCUUUUUUUCUAGGCAAUAAAAGUCUAAAAGUUUCCCUCGCUGGUCUCUUCAUGUCAUUAUUUUACACAUGGGUAUUUUUGUGUUAUUCAGAUCUUAAUGUUCCCAUUAGUUAUGACAUCAGAUACGGAAAAAACAACCUGGGAAGUUUUUCGAAGAGAAAUAACAGAAGUCAAAAAUAGUUUGUCUUUUUUUCCUCUGAAGCAUGUUUUUUAUCACUUUGCGUGGACUUUAUUGAGUUUGAGUAUGUGCGGCUUGUCUGCACUUAAUCAUGUCUAACAGCAUUUAUCAUGUUGAACGGGCAUUUUUUUAAAACUGAAGCAAACUGGUACCAUUUAGCUUCUGUGAUCAGUCAUGUUAGUAUAUUAAUGCAGAUAUCAUACACUGUUACGUUCCUUUAACGCUUUAAUUUCACCUCUCUUAAACAUUCUUCUCAUUUGCACUCAGACCACUUUAGCUCCACACACACACACACACAUACACAUUCGUCUUUCUCAUGGCUUAACUAAUACCAAAUGUGAUCUGUCUCAGCAGGAGAUUACUGGUUAUGCACAUUCUCACACACACACUCACAUACACACACUUACUCUGGCACACAUCUGAACCUGGAUUUUCCCUAACUUAGAUUAAUUUCACUGGGAUUCUUAAUGUUUGCCAGGUAUUAAAAUAGGAAGUUAAUUCUUUGCAAGCCGUUGCAGUACAGUGCAACUCAUUGUGUUUCUUUGUUCCAGCUCAACUGCACUUUAGUUGUUUAACAUACAACUUUUUUCCUCCUUUGUUUGGACACAAAAAGUGAAGUUGUAUGUUUAGAAAGUGCUUCACCUCCCCCUUGUUAUUUUCCAUCUUGAAAUGUUUGCUUAAAAUCAUGCCUUUUAAGUUUGUCAUGAUAUAAUAAAGUCAUCUGCUUUCUUUUCCAUAGGCUCCUCCUCCCGUAUGAGAGGCACAUUAAAGGUGAAGUCGACAAGCCCCUCCCCUUAUCCAAACCCAGGAAGCAGGAAGGUGGCCAGGAGAAGGUGUCAGGAGCCAAAGUCAAAGGAGUGGGGGCCAAGAAACUGAAAAGCGCUGGCAAUCCCAAGCUGGAGAGUAAAAAGGACAGAGGGGAAACGGCAAAUGGCCAAGAACAAUCACAGGUCAGUCUCAGCGCUCUCACAAGUGCUGCCUCAUCACAAUCCCCCCCUUUACUUUAAGUUUAAUUCAAUUUCAAUCCACCUUUCAAGAAUGCUUUUUCUCUUCUUUAAGAAAAAGCCCAGAAGUAAAAAUAUGAGCCUCUUUUUUGUUAUACAACUCUCAUUUUUCUCCUUGUAGGACUCCAAGGGGAAAGCAGAGAACCAGGAGCUGUCCUCAGCCAUCAAAAAGGAAGUAUCCCUGAGCGAUGAACCAAUCAUAAUAGAGGAGGAGGAGUUACAUCUCACCCUAAAGAAAGAGGAGUCCUUGGCAGUGGAGCAGCCAUCCUCACGCCGCCCUAAAGAGCCAGACUGCAGGGGCACACAUGCAGGUCUACCCCUCCUCCAUGUGGGGACCGGUCCUCAGACUGAAUGGAUGCAAGUGAGCGAGGCCCUGCAAGCAAAACUCGCCUGUGAACAGCAGACUGAAAGGCAUUUCAUUCCUAAACACCCCUACUUGCCCCAACGCUGGGAUCAGAGUAAACCUCCUGGACUUGUCGCUCUGCCCGAGACCUCCUCAAGGGUCAAAGACUCUUUAGAAAGCCAUGGUGGGAGAGUGGGGAAGGUGUUACCCAUGUGUAAGCAGACCGAGAUACAGUGUAUAGACUUGAGCGUAGACUCCUUCCCAGAGAAAGAAGACUAUGGGGUGGUAAAGAAGGAGUCGGCGGCCUACUGCAAAACCAGUCAGGGCGUCAUGUCGCCUUUAGCCAAAAAGAAGCUCCUCUCCCAGGUGUGCGAGUCCAACCCUUACUCCUUUACGUCUCCUUCUCUUCAGCACCCAACUCCCACAGCUGUUUCCUCGCUCUCUGAUGUAUCUGAAAGGGAGAAAGAAAAGAGGAAGGGCGAGGAUGAGGUGGGAGGCAACAUCUCCGAGGUUGCGCCCAUAUUCAGACCAUCAGUCAUCCAGCAUGCCCAGAGCAGCAAGUCCCACCAUCAAGCCAUCAGUGGCCAAUCAGAGAGGAGCACCGCCGUUGAACAUUCAGAGACUUACCGGACAAGCCACCACCUCCAGCCACAAGUCAGUCUCCCGUGGCAGCCAUAUCUGCCCCACACCCACGCCCAGGAUAGUGUGGAAAGUAACGGCGAGACGCUACUUCAGGGUCCAUCAGCUCAGUCCCGUAGCUUCGCAGGUGACUGCUAUUCCUCUCCUCACCUCCAUAGUCUGUACCGGCAAACUGAGAGCUGCUUGAGUCAGGAGAGGAUCGCAGGCUUCACCAAUGGAGAGCGAAGGGAGCCUUACACCCGGGAACGUGAGGGCGGCCAGGGCUUCGUCUGUGGCGGGCUGGAGCAAGAGGGCCUGGCCUUCAGGUCUCACUACACUGAGCGGACUCAAACACACAGUGAGAGGAGAGAGGCAGAAGACGAACCCAGAGACUUUACAAUCACCAAACCUCUUUCUCAGAGAGUGUCCUCCUCUUUCUCCAAGCCCUCCUUCUGCAGUCUCCCCUAUUCCAUCAUGCACCAGAAUAUGGAUUCCCACCCCAAAGCCUGCAGGGUCACUCCGAUGACCAUCUCUCCGGUGAAACAGAGCCCAGCAGAGUCAUCAUCGCAGCCAUACCCCAGCCCUAAAGCUUCAAGCGAUUCGACGCUCACCAGUCCCAUCCGGCCCAGUAAGCGGAAUCUUGCUGAACCUGAGGGGGAGGAAGUCCCAGAGAGGAAAGUCCGUGUGGUGACGCCGAUCCACCCCGCAGGUGCGAUCCGGCGCAGUGACCCGGAGGAGCUUAAACCAGCCGAACCAUCCCACGGUGUUCACCUCAACAACCAUCUCCCUGAAGGCCACCCUGCGACCACAUAUCCCCCACACCAUGCUGCACCUUUUUACCCCGGCAUGUACCCCAGCCUGGUUUCACCUGGAGCACAGGACGGGCUCCAGCAGCACCCGGGUCUGCAGUACCUGAAGAGCCAGUCGGCAGUGUCCCCUCUUGUGCCCCCGUUAGCUUUCCACUCCAUGAUGCUGCACAGGCAGCUGCUGGCCUCCAGCCCCUCCCCUCAUCACUUCUACAGGCACCCUGGUGGGGCGGCACUGUACGGGGACCUGCUGCACCACUUGUACCCCCUCUCCACCCUCCCUCCACCUCAGCUCUCCUCGGUACACCCCAGCACCAGACUGUAAGGGAGAGAGGAGGUUUUAUUUCUCCCUCUUCUCCUCCCUGCUCAUCCUCAGAAACAUUUUUAGCCUCUCUUUCCGUCUCUCUCUUGCUCGGGGAUUGUAGAAAGAAAACACUGAUUCUCAAACUUUGAUAACAGACUGAUGCAGAGUGGAAUUCCAUUUUCUUUCUCUUUUUUUUUAUUUGUGUAUUCAUUUGUUUAUAUACUUUGCACUGUUCUUUAUUUUUUAUCACCACUUACUGUAUCUUUUUGUUGUUGUCGUUGUAUACUUAUUUGCACAGUGCUCAUGUGUUUGUGCUCAUGAAUCAGUUUGCCGCUCUCGGUCACCAUGAGUCAGGUUGUUGUCCUGGACGUGUGAAAAGUGGAGGGCAACAGAGAAAAGCCAUUUGUUUACUGCGUCUGAGGGCUAAACCUUUUUGCUUAAAAACACUACUAGUACACAUGACAAAGUAAAUGAAAUCCUUUAUACAACUAGAGGUAAUCUUCAACAGCUGUCACACGCAUUAUUACACUUUUAGGCAGCCACUUGUGUUGCAUCUGUUUACAUGUCUCCACGCUGUGUGCUGUUUGUGCCACAGUAAAUUCACCUGGACUCCUUUGGAAAAGACAUUAACACUCACCGCGGUGCUGCGUAACAUGGAUUAUAGUUUCAGCGUCACAUUCAGAGGUGCUGUGUGUACCACAUGUACUGUAGACUCUCUCCUUUGUGCCGAGUUCAGGUUUUGUGUUCACUAAAGUGUAUUUCAGCCCAGAUCACAUGUCACUAGCAGUUUUCAUGUUCAAUCUGUCGACAAAUCAUGAAUGUUUGUUAUUAGUCAACAAAAAGCAGGUUCACUUUCGAAAUUGAAAGUUAUUCGACCCCCAAACCCUUUUGUGAUGGUGAGUAGACUGUAGCAGCUUGUUUUUGACUGUAGGACCAGCAUAAUGAAGCGGCCUUCUGCUGUGGAGUGCUCACCACAAGAAAUCAGCAUUUCAUCUUUUUGUUCUUGACUUGAAAAGCUCUCUCUCUCUUUCUCUUUUUUUUUGUUUCAGUGAACAGUCUCUUGUAUUCAACACGCUGAAAAAGACUCACUGUAUGAUUUUAAAUAGGAAUGUUGUCACUUCAGAUAUUAUUGCUUUGCAAAUAUUUGUGCCUUUCGCAGUCUUGGAUUAGAGUUAGCACUACAGUUGUUAAGGUUUAUUUCCUGUAGCAGGGUAGGAAAAUCAAUAUUACUGUCACUCUUAUCUGAAAUGCACAGACACUCGUACAAAGAAAAAAAAAACGGCACAUUUGGCUAUCAGAUACCAGGUAAGGCACAAACAUUUAAGAUUUUAUAAAGAUUUAUGGCUACUAUUGUGCUUCAAUCAUUCUAUGUACCUAGCCUAACUAUGUCAGGCAGUGGAUUGUAGAAAAACCUGCAAAGAUUUACUGAUAGCUAAUAUUGACACAGAUCUGGUGUCUGUCAUCCGCAGGGCAUGUGUCUUUUAUGUGAUGAAAAGGUACCAGACUCCGUAAAGUAUGCAUACUAUGCUCCAUAGCCUGAGGUGGAGAGAACACCUGCUUUGGCUUUUACAACCACUAUAAUUGCGAUCCAGGAUAGUCGAAAUACAAGCUCAACAUGUGUUUCAAAAGAGAAAAAAAAGUUUAAAGAUUUACUGAAUACUUAGAUAAAGACAUUCAUUUUUGAUUAAGUACUGUAUAUUGCUGUGUGUAGGUAUAACUGGCAUUAGUGCUGGCUCCUGUACAGAUCAUUCAUACGGGAUCAACUCAUGACAACCCCUCUCUCUUGUCUUAUUUUCUAUGUAAAUAACAUUGUAGAUAGUACUGUGUGGUUGUUAUCAUAUAAACUGUUAUAAUCUGUAAAUAGUACUUAAAAAAAAAACAGUAUAAAAGUUGGUUAUACAAUCUAGCUGUGUCCUUGUUUGCCCUGUUUCAAGGCCACCGUGAUCAUGUUAGAUUCAAACAAACACUACAAUUCAAAGAAUUAGGAUACUCUUUUUAUUUGUUGUUCUUUUUGUUUCCAUGUUGUUUUCAUUAAUGUGCAUCCUGAAAGUGUUUUUGAUACAGUAGCCAUCUGUUUACCAAUCACCCAGCUGGCAAGCAAGAUGAAAAAAUAAGACAUUUUGUAUAUGACCUCCUGUAUAUUUAAUUAAAAUAUUUUACUAUCUAC